CAAAGUGAGUAAAAUGCAUGGGAAUAAAAGGGAAAAAUGAGGAAAGUUAUAGUUCCAAAUCAUGUCUGGAGGCAGCCAGUCAGUGAAAAUUAUAUAUCAAGAACAUGCCACCUUCGAUAUAUCGAAAACAAUAAAACUAUCCAAUGCUUCGAUAUAUCGAAAGAUUGCAAUUUCCUCGAUAUAUCGAAAGAAUGCCAUAUCUUCGAUAUAUCGAAACAAUCCCAUUUCUUCGAUAUAUCGAAAGAAUGCCAUUUCUUUGAUAUAUCGAAAGAAUGCCAUUUCUUCGACAUAUCGAAAGAUUGCAAUUUCCUCAAUAUAUCGAAAGAUUGCAAUUUCCUCGACAUAUCGAAAACUAAACUAUCCAUGGCUUCUAUAUAUUGAAAGAAUUCCAUUUCUUCGAUAUAUGAAAAGAUUGCCAUUUUUUCAAUAUGUCGAAAACUCUAAACUAUCCAUGGUUUCGAUACAUCAAAGAAAUGGCAUUGUUUCGAUAUAUCGCAGAAAUGACAUUCUGUCAAAUAAAAUAUGUGAAAAACCAAAAGGAUGUCAUGUCUUGCCAAAGGAUGUCAUGUCUUGCCAAAACAAGCCAUGUUUUAAAUAUUGAUAGUAAAACAACAAAGUAGGGCACAAUUCAGCUCAAUGGGUUAGCAAUAUGGUAUACACUCAAAAUAUAACACAUUCUACGAUAGGGUUGCAUAUUCUAUUUAGUUAUAAUCAAAAUAAUCACAUGUACAGUCAGGGUUGCCAAGAGGGGGGGGAGAAUUGCCCUGGGCCCCCACCUUUAAUAGGGGCCAACUUGAGAGCAAGAGCCUAAAAUUGAGUAGGUUCUAUAAAAAGCAUUUUUUAAAUUGAGGGCUAUAGACGGCCAGCCAGCCGAUCAAAAUAAUGACUGUCGAUGGCAUUUUUUGUUACAAGCAAACAACAAGCAUUUUCUUAUAGCUUAGACACUGGUGAGUCACGUUUGAUAUGUUGCCACCUCUGAUUUGAACGAACGAAGAGAAAAUUUUAAGGAUUUGAACAGUUUGCCUAUUAAAUUAUUAUACUCCCGAAAAAAUGUGAAAUUUGAAUUUCACUUAAAUUAGCAUCGUUUAUAUCGUUAGAAAGAGCAUAAAAAAGUACAUAUAAGACAUUUAAACGAGUAAUACGAUUUAUUUAGUCAAAUUCGAGUUAUGGCCACUUAAAGAGGUAAAAUGCGGUGAAUGAAGUCACAAAACCUGUUUUUUAGCAACUUUAAGUGCCCGUAACUGAAAACAGGGUUAUAAUUUACACUUCUCACUUAAAUGUUCUAUAUUUCCUUUUUUCCGAACUUUCUGAUUAAAACGGUGAUUUUUGCUGAAAGUUGGAUUCAAAUUUCAUAAUUUAGUGAGUAUAGUAAUUUUAAUAGACACAAUUUUCAGAUUCUCAAAAUUUUUCACUUGAAAGUCAAUAUCAGAGGUGGCAACCUAUCAAACGUUGUUCUCCAGUGUCUAAGCUAUAUGAAAACGCCAGUUGCCAGCUUGUAACAAAAAAUGCCAUCAAUGACAUUUUAGAGACACUUUUAUUGAGGUUGGCUGGCCGUCUACUACUUACAGUACCUCCACAUGCAGUCUAGCUAAGGUUUAGUUGGGUCUAGCUUAUAAAUAAUGUCAUAGGGCACCCAGGGAAGGUUUGCUUCGGGCAACGCAAAUUCUCUAGGCGGCCCUGUGUACAGUAUAGCUAGCUAUAUUAAUUAAUGAUACAUAUACAACAACAACAUAUGUAUAUAUCUAUAUUGACUAAAAUCACUUCAUUAGACAGUAUGGUGUGGUAACAACUAAAUUCAGUUUUAAGAGUUUCUUCUGCCCUAAUAACUAUUGCUUUAGGCAACUUUCCCACGACAAUGCAUUUGGACCCAGUAACAUGCAGACCACUGCAGAUAAACCAGUCUCACAGCAGCGAUGUAAUACAUCAAAAGAGUUUAUCUUCACAAAACAUUACAUGGUACUGAUUAUAUACCUUCUUGUAUAGCUGUGUUACUGUCAAUCUCCUUUAUCAGGUGGUCUGAACCCUCUAUGGUUAAAUCCGGUUCUUUUGUGUUUGAUGUACUACAGCAUGCAAAAGUGAUAUAUCAUUUGGUUUACAUCAAUCUAAAAGAAUGGAAAAAACUAUAAGAACACACACCAUUAAAAUGAUUACAGUUUUUACUGCCAAUCAAAGAACACAAGAGAAUCAGAUAUAUAAUGGCAUACAGUGAACCUCCACACAUAUGGCCUGGGCUUAUUUGUGUUCGUAAAGAUUUUUUGAAUGGGGGGGCUUAUGUACAGGGCCCUUAUUAGCCUGCUCGCAGGCUGUUGUCAGGCAGAGGCUGGGAGGAGGAACGGCCUGCGACCUUUAUUAGUAAAAAGUCGAUUUAUGCGUACGGAGCGUACGCAAAAUUCCCAUUGGUCAAAAGUGCCCCAUGAGUUAAUAUCGUGCAAAUAUUUAACUUGUACAACAUUUCGCAAUGUAAUGUUAAAGCUGGCAUUCAAUCAGUGGCGUAUAAAACCAUGACUUUGUUUAUCUCUUCGAAGAAGUAACUGACUGUAUUUGAAAAACUUUCAAUUUAAAUUAACGUUGAAGGAUGAGCGAAGGUUAGCAAUAUUAACUGUACUUCCAACGGGAUUUCAUAAAAGUUUAAUAUAUAUAUACCAAUACUUUGUCUUCGUCAGCUAUAAACCUUUUCCAAAGAAGUACAAGGGAAAACUUCGACGUAUGCCUUGCUGCUCUUUGCCAGGAGAGAGUAAAAUAAGUCUAGUUCAGGCUGACAAUUUAUCUAACCACGUUUGCAUCACUUGCAGCAGAAAUCUUUGAGACUUUUGUGUGUGUUUUCAAACGUUGAACAACUUAGCCCAGCGAGACGUUCAUUGAGACACAGGCAGUGAAUCAGCUAGUAUAAAGCAGUUGAUUGUCCAUUGCUUUCUGCCUCAACAAUCUGGUCUUGAAUAAGCCAAGACAAUGGGCAAAUUAUUAAAACAGACACCGUCGAGGAAAGUCGUUCUUAGAACACCUGGCCAAUUUGAAUCAAUUUACACCUGGAAAUUCUGCAAUAGUCGUUUGCGUGUUCUUUGACCGAAGUCCGCUCUCUCUUUGAGACUUUCUUUUUGGGAGUCUCAACUAAUGACAUAUAUUAUUACAACAAGAGCUUUUUACAGAAAAAAUGUGGUUAUUAAACACGGCAGAAUCGAUGCCACAGGGUUUCAAAUUGUCUGUUGUCUAUUGAGUUAAUUGUAUUAUUGAGCAAAUGACAGACUUCACGCAAUAAUGAUUAAUGUUGUUUUUUAGCCCCUGCUAUUGUUCGACACUUUUAAUAAAUAGUGUUUGUUCAAAACCUAAAUAUGUUUCCUUAAAUCUUACAGUUAUAUUUUGGAUAUAAAUGUGUAAAAUACAUUAACUAAUAGAGAAUAAUAUUUUAUAUAUUUAUACAGUUAUAUUUAGUAUAGUUACAUAAUUUAAAACGGCAAUGUAUACGAACAAAGACAGCAAUAUACAAACGGGACUAUGUUUUAAAUAUUAGAACACUUUAGGGAAAAAACGACCAUGCAUUAUUUUAGAUUAAGGUUUAGACCUUGGAAUCCUAGUAAAAGAUAUAGGCGUAAAAUUGUGCGAGAAACUGUUUGUUGUUGUUAAUAACCUCUGGUAAUCUAAUUAAAAAAAGUUACUUUGAUUGGCUACUAUUUACCGGAUAUUCAAUUAUCUCAAAGGGGGCGUAUUGAAAAAAUACCAAUAAAAGUUGCAGGCUCUAUAUAAUAGAGCCUGUGAGCAGGCUAGGCCCUUAUAUACUUUUAUUGUAUCUGUAAACUAUGUGAAGUGUGAACCAUUGCCUCAGCCAAAACACGUUCAUGACUAGUGGCAGACAUGUUGCAAAAUAUAUGAACAUUUAAACCUUUCUUGCUUCAAUUAAUAGACAGAUGGGGAAAUAGUCUGGUCAACCCAUUGAGCCCCAGCACUCUGCCCUCAUCGAGUAUAAAAUUAUCAAGCUGGCGUCAGACAGAGUAAAAUAAUCUAGAAAAAUUUACUGAAUAUUGAAGUGAUGAUCAUUCCUAUGUUGUACAGUACAAAACACAGACAAGAAGGGAUAUGUAUUUUAAAAAUGUAAACAAUAUUCUUGAGACCGCUUCAAACGUUCAAACAAAUCUACCAACCUGAAAUUCGCACGAUCUUGACCUCGAUCUUGACUAUGAUCUGGACCUUGGCAGCAAAUAUUCAAUGCUCUUCCCUUCGAAAUGAUCUUUCGACAGAAUCGACUGUUUAGCUUUAAUUUUGUUAAAUAUUUAAUAUUCAUGUUCAUUAUUCAUAUCCAAGCACUGUCCUCACAAAGAUUUACCAUAGUAUAGCUAUUAUAACGCUAAUAUAUGCCGUUGAAUGCGAUUUGAAUUCAAAAUUUAUAGAUAUUGUGUGCCAAAGAAAGAACAAUAACCAACUGUUAAUGUUUAUGAAAAGAAACACGAUGAUGUCCAUGAAAGGACAUAAUCGAAACAGCUCGCUUCGUGUUCAGUAAAAAUAGUACCAACAUGCUUUGCGCACCACGACUCCUGCCUGUCGCCAUAUUUCAUAUUUGCGAAUAUUCAAAUCGUUUGCAUCUUUAUCGCCGGAAUAUUUGAAUAUUUAUUACUUCUCAACGCUGGAAGGUAUGUACUACAUCAAUUGCUAUUUAUUUCCCCAGAAGAGAGAGUACAAUCUCAUUAUCUCAGGACUAUAUUGCUAUAUUGUAACGGAAUUUUAUUUUGCUGGUUAAAUAUUUUAAUACAACUCGUGUAUAUAAAAAUACAUGAGAAAAAUGUUGUCUUGAGUUAACAAUUUCACAGGAUUUUGGCCUCUCUGCAACUGAUUUAUUUCUCAUACAAAGUCAAAAUUUUUUCUUCGCUUGACAGCUUUUUGAUUGUGUAAUAUUUUAAUAUAACAGGAUUUGUUUGGACAUCUCCUUGAUUGAAGUCAUUGAACUUAUUAAAUAUCGAAUUAUGAAUGUUGAAGGAGUUUGUACAUGGUCUAAGAAUAGACUUUUCACAUCCAAACAUUGCCAAUGGAUGAGUGGGGUGAGGGCACUGAGGGGCGAUCCCUACAUGUAGCUUCAAAUAUGUACCUUGCCCUUGGUCAUUUUAACCUCAUUUGUAUGGCCUGUUCAAAUGAGCCAUAAUAAUAUUAGCAUACAAAAUUACAUUUUGUUCAUGUAAUGAAGCACAAACUAUUGGACCACUUGGGGUGCUUUCCAUUCAAUGGCCUGACCGGUCAGACCUGAAUACUUUUCUCAGUAUCAAAGGAAUGAUCUGGUCUAUGUUUCUCAAAUGUCUAGCAAAAAUGGACCUUAUUCUAAUGUUAUCAAAAUUUUCUGGUUAGAUAGGUCCGAAGCCCAAAUGUUUUGUGUUUCAUUCAAGAAUUUGACUGUUCUGACCGGUUUGGCCAUGUUAAUGGAAAGUGCCAUUGGUCAGAUCCCAGAUUUGUUGAAAUGAGAGACUAGGCAUUGUCAUUUUAAUGCGCAUUGUGAGAAUUAUCGGUGUUCUAUCAAUAGGCAUAGCAUCAUUAAGAAAAAGCUAACUGCAACUACUGUAGGCCAGGGUAUACAAGGCACUGACAUAAAUGUGUCUAAUUUGAUCCAUAAUCAUUCAUUAAUAAUAUCAGUUUUCCUUAGGAUUAUGUUGAUAAGCAAUCUUUUGCUUUUUCAAAUUUAGAGGGCUAUAUAUAACAAACCAGUCAUUGGUGACGCUAGAUGGUCUACAUUCAAGAUUCAUUAUCGGAAAGGAAUCAUCAGCAAGAAAUGGUCUUUUCAUUGGCUGAUAAAAAUGAACCUUGGGUAGAUGUUUGCCAGGUUGUAUAUUUCUUGUAGCCUUUGACUUGCAUAAGGAAAAGAAAAUAUAUGCUGAAACUACAUGCUAGAUGAUGAACUCAUUGGUGAAGAACAUAUUAGUUAUGUUUAUAUAGAAAAAGAACACUGUAAAGUAACCUUGUACUGGACAGAGUAAUGUAAUAAGUGCAGAGCUCGACACAACUAAUUUACAUUACCAUUUGCAGUUUAAAUUGUAAUAAAUAUGAUAUUUUACAUUCAUCCAGCUUUACAGUACAAAACUUAAAUGUGCUCUACUAACCUACUGCCCUUUCAUUAUAUUACUCUAUCUAAUAGCAUAUGAGGUUAUAUUUCAUUAAGGGGUGAGUCUUAUUUAAUAGUUUGUUUGUGAAUUUAUUUAGAUAUGUAUCAUUUUGAUAUUGAGCAUAAUAGUUUUCACCUAAAUACAUUGUGCUUUAUAUAUUUUCUAUUUAUGUGUAUAAUGCUAAGUUGAAUAGAAUAUUAUUUUUUGCUAAACUGUGUUGAUUUAGGUUAUGUUAGAUGCCACUAAGAUGGUUUCGAUUUGUUCAAAACCAGAACAAAAAGUGAGCCUGGAUACUUUCUUUUUCUGCCGGAAUUAUCGCGCUUUCCACCAUGCGUUCCCACACGAGCGGACGCCAUCUUGGAUUAAUUGUUCAUCUUAAAAAAACCGCCUGUUCUUUCAAGUUUUAUGUAUGCGCGGAAGAGAUGCGCACGCGAUGAUACUGCUCCUUUAAGGCUUGCUUGGGCUUUGACAAUACAUAAAAGCCAAGGACUUACACUUCCAAAAGCUUGGAUAGAUAUUGGUAAAUCAGAGAGGACUGCUGGAGUUUCUUAUGUUGCUAUAAGUAGAGUAAAAUCACUUGCAUCUUGUGUCAUUGAACCAAUGACAUAUGAACAUUUAACAAGCUUGGAAUCUUCAGCUAAUUUACAAUAUAGCUUGAAGAAGAAAAUAGGCUAGACAACUUAGCACAGGCAACCUGCAGUGUUACUUAACCUACAAACCAUUGAGGUUAUUUGAUAAUACAUAGAGAUUACAAUUCUGAGUCCCCUUACUGUGUAGUAUGAACUACACAGACAAUACAACUUUAAUCAUUAUAUACUCCAUCUAAUUAUUAUAAAAAAUCACUACUCAGUAUGUGUGAAGAUACUGCUGAUGGUCACAGUAAAAAAGAAAUGGUAAGUUUUUUUUAUUUGGCCCAUGCCCCUUGAUUUGCACCAAUUUGUAAUGUUUUGACUAAUAUCUUUUUCUCUUCUUUAGUCUUGAAUACCUCACAACAAACAGUUAAUUAUGAGAGAUCAACUUUAUUGUGCUUAUCUGAUAUCAACUAUACUGGAUACAAUUUGAAGGAAUGAAAUGAACUUGAGAGCAACGUGAUUAGUCCCUCUCAGCUGAUGAAGAUGAUCAGACUUGAUUACAUUGAAAUAAAGUCAGUAAUGAAUGGACAAGAUAUAUUGAAUAUUCUAUUAGCACAAUUCAACUAUACUGGAUACAAUUUGAAGGAAUGGAGUGAACUUGAGAGCAACAUGAUUAGUCCCUCUCAGCUGAUGAAGAUGAUCAGACUUGAUUACAUUGAAAUAAAGUCAGUAAUGAAUGGACAAAGAUAUAUUGAAUAUUUUAUUCAAUUUUACAAUUUUACAUGGUCAUGGAUGUGAUUAUAAUUUUAAAUUUAUUUAUAAAAAGAAACUUUCACAAAUAAAAACAGUGAUUCAAGACAUCUUCAUAGAAGUAUAUUCUGUGAACACUAGUACUAGUAGUGAAGUAGAAGUUGUAUGAUUUAUAAAUAGUAAUAAAUAGUAAAAAGUAAUAAAUAUAUAUACAGUAAAAAUGUACUCCAGUGCAAUAAUUGAAAUAGUAUAGCUCAGUGGCUCACACGCUGGCUUUAAGAAUCGUUGACGCAUUUAUAAAUUCUCUUUCCUUGUUCGAUUUGCAAGAAAAGCGUGUUGUCAAUAUUUGUAGAUAAGUAAAUCCAUUCUUUUUUACAUCGAUCCAUACAAAAUGAUGCCUCCUUUUUAUCCAGAAAUUGUUAACCGGGACGAUCUAUGUAUAUACAGAUUUUCUUAUUUAUAAAUAAACUACUGUUUAUUGACCACAAAUUUUGCAUGUCAAAUUGGAAAUUUGAUUGUAUACAGUAUGACUUAAUAUUUGUGCUAUAGUUACCAAUGUUUGUUCUUAGGAGAUUGCUUUUAAUAAGUAUUGUGAUACACAUUUCCGCUUUAUAAUAACUUGCGUUUUUACGAAUGAUAGGGUGUACAUGCCAGUCUGCAAUUUAUAUACACCGGCGGAUUUUUAAAAUUACAAUAAAUUCCAUUUGAAAUCCUCGCCCCCCCCCCAUGAAGAAAUUACUUGUAGGAAUCAGACAUUUCGGACCAAUAGGAAUCUGUCAAAUUAUGUUUGCCUAGGAAUUGGAAAGUCUGAGACAAGUUAGUCUGAGUUUAUACAGUGCUUCUUUGUAUUAAAUAAAGUGAGAUGUGUUUAUUUUUCUAGUUUUAUUUUAAUAGCACACAUGGAAAACUCACAACAAUGUAAGUAAAUGACAUACCAUAACAUUUACAAGAAAAUACAUACUGCUAUGGAUAUGAAAUGGUUUACCCUAUCCCUGUAUUAAUCCUUUUUUCUUACCUUGUUAGCUGCAGUUAAAGAUCUUAAAUACUAUGUGCAUACAGUGUCACCUCUAAAAGUAUCGGCAUCUGGAAAGUGCAAAUAUUUUAAUAUGACAUUACAAACUAGUGAUGGCUCGAAAAGUGCAGUAUGCUUUUCCCCAGAAAAACGGUCAACUUUGGAAAAGCACCAAGUAGACAAGAGUCCUGUUAAAAUAUCCAACUUCAAGUUUAGUUCCAACUACAGCAAAGAAAAUGUUGUUAUUGACCGAGCAUCAAAAGUAACCCCAAUUGGUGAUGAUGUUGGUUUUGAACAUAUCGAGAUGACACCCCAUCUUCAUUGCUAUCAUUAAACCAAGUUUCCUCCGAGCAACUGGUUACCCUAAAAGCAAAAGUUACGAAGAUAAGUGGCAGUAAGAAAAUAACAACCUCGAGAAACCCAAAUUCUCCAUUGGUGAAACAAGAAUUGGUCAUUGUUGACCCAACUGCGUCGGUCAAGGUAAUUUUGUGGGAGCAGUUUGUAGAUACUCUAAAGGAGGAUCAAACAUAUGUAUUCAAAAAUCUACGACUGAAGCGUGAGAAUAAUGGCUCUAUGUAUUUGAAUACACCUAAAAGUGACCAGUUCUCUUUUGAAGAAUGUGAAGAGUUUGCAGAAACUGUUGUCCAAGAUAUACAAUUGUUUUCUUCUGUUGAAGUUUGUGCAAGCAUUAUUGGAGUGGAGUCAAUUUCCACUUAUCAAGCAAGCAUGAAAUGUGGGAAGAAAGCUGUUUUAAAGAAUGGAAAGAUUUUAAAGUGUGAAGCAUGCCAUAUGCUUCAAAAAAUUGCCCCUGCAAACAAACGUUGGUUUUUGAGAUGUCUGUUUGCCAAUCUGAUUAAUGAAGAGGAAACAAUCAGUUUGGCUAUUUUCAGUGAGAAUGUAAAAGCCAUGGUGGACCUCAUUCCACAACCCAUUUGUCUGUUUGAUGUUUCUCCAGAUUACUUGAGUGAGGUACUUCUGUCAAUGCCAGAUGUCAAAAUAACAACAGUGGCAAAUAAACUUAUUAAUAUUGCUGACAUAGGCAUUUAAAUUGCAUUAGAACAUAAAGUGCACACAGGUUGACAUUCUUGUUUUGUAUUUAGACAUUCUUGUUUUGUAUUUAGACAUUCUUGUUUUGUUCACUUAUUAAUGGUUUGCAAUCAAUUUCUUGAGAUUUACAAGACAAAGACAUGAUGGCCAUUUUGGAGGAAAACACACUCCAAGUACAAUAGCUGUUAAUAAGAUUCUUUUGUUAGCUUUCCUCCAACAUGGCCAUCAUGACAUCAAUUGUGAACCAAGAAUACCAUUAAUUAAAGAAACGGAUAACUUUGGGUUUUGUACCCCUUUACAGUAACUGUUUAAUAUAAUGCACAUGUGAUAUUGACAUUUUCAUGAAGAAACUAUUGUGGGAACAAUAACCAUUAUAUUUUGUUGAUACUGUUUUUUUGUGUUGUUGAUAUGGACAUGGUGAUGGUGUAUUAUAAAGAGACCAAAAUUAAUUAAAGUGUUUUUAGUUCUUUUUACAUAUCUGUUUCAAUGCAAAUUAAGUUGUUUUCUCCCUAUAAACAAUACAACUUUAUUUGAAUAAUACACAUGACAAAAUACAAGAUUCAAAUCCUGCAAUAGCAAGCUAAUCGCGGCAGGAAAUGAAUCUAAUUAAAUAAUAUUAUAUAUAUACAACUGAUUUAUAUUGAGAAGAAGUAAAAUGAAUUAUUUACAGAACGAGAGUUUAGAUUCCGAUUGGCUAUGAUAAUUUUUAAAUGAAAAAUAUUAUUCAUAACACAAAUAUAUUCUUUUUGAAAGCAAUUAGAAAGUUAUGAUGAGCUGAAAAUUAUAUCGCGGUUACAUUGGGCAGCAUUUCAAUUAUCAUGGGUACGUCAACAUAGUCAUUUUGAUCUUGAAGUAUGGUUAAAAGAGCUUGAUGUAUUUUAGAUUUAAAAGUCUGUUUACGAGAUGAGCGAAGAUUGAGAUCAAUGCUAUUCCAAAUUAAAGUACAGACUCUGGAAAAUGAACGCUUUUGUAAUUCCAGACGAGAAGAAUUGAUAUAUAAGUUAUCUUUUGAAACCAUUCUUGUAUCAUAGUUAUGAUAAUUAGACGUUUUGGUAAAUAAUUUAUGCAGUGCUUCAGGCGCAUCCCCUUUUAAUAUAUCGUAGAGCAUGUAAGCAGAUUCUUUAACAUAGAUCAUAGUUACAGGAAGAAUGUAGGUAGAAAGGAAUAGAGGAAUUGUGUGAUCUUGAAAUGAUUUAAAAUUCAUGAGUCGUAAUGCACGCUUUUGUAAAACAAGAAGUUUUUGAAUAUGAACUUUAGCAGCAUUUCCCCAAGCAACUACACCAUAUGUUAAAUAUGGUGAAAUCAAUGACCUAUAAAUAUCUAACAAGGUAUGAUUUGGGAUGUAAUAUCUCAAUUUAGAAAUGAUUCCUACAGUUUUGCUAAUCUUUAAUGUAAUAUAAUUUAUGUGAUGCUUCCAGUUCAAGUUACAGUCAAUAAUAAUUCCAAGGUACUUAACAUAUUCUUUGCAUUCAAGUGGUGUAUAUUGUUUGGUAUCAUUAUCAAACAUUUUAAUUACAGGCUGGAAAUUCAAUGACUUCUGAUAUGGUCGAAAAAUUACAAAAUUUGAUUUACGUAUAUUAAGGGUGAGUUUGUUUAUUGCAAGCCAUUCACAGACUUUCUUUAAUUCAGCGUUGACAACUGUUUCAAGCAUUUUUAGGUCUUUAUCAGCAUAACAAUAAGUUAGUAUCAUCAGCAAAAAGAAAGAAUUUGAAAAUCUCAGAUGAUUCACAAAUAUUAUUGAUGUAGAUCAAAAAGAGCUAGUAGAGGUCAAAGAACUGAGCUUUGGGGUACUCCACACAAGGUAGUUUCUUUGUUAGAUACACAGUUUCCAACUGAAGUAGUUUGCGUGCGAUUUUUAAGAUAAGAAGAAAACCAGUUAUUGAUUACUCCUCUAAUACCAUAAUAAUCUAGCUUACCCAACAGAAUAUCAUGAUCAACCGUGUCAAAUGCCUUUUUUAGGUCAAUAAAUAUACCACAGGAGUACAUUUUUCUAUCCAUAUUAUCUUGAAUUUUGUUAAUAAUAUCAAGAAUAGCAUGUUGGGUUGAAUGUUGUUUACGAAAACCAUAUUGUGAAUCACAGAAAAAUUCUUUCUUAGCUAGAUAACUUUGUAAGCGUUUAUACAUAAUUUUUUCAAAAAUUUUAUUGAAUGAGGAUAGAAGAGAUAUUGGGCGAUAAUUAUUUGGGUCAGUUUCGUCAUCAGAUUUGUAAAUUGGUAUAAUUUUUGCAAUUUUAAGUUUGCUAGGAUAUAUUCCAGUUUCAAUGGAGCAAUUAAAGAUAUCUGCUAAAGGCUUGCUAAUAACAUGUUGGGGCACUUUUUAAGAUUCGAUAAGGGCACGAAUACAGGCCUUCAGCCUUUUUGGCAGGUAAUGUUAUAAUUUCAAGUUCAAUAUCUCGAGCUGUUACUGGGAUAAAAGCAAAAGACCCUUGUUGUUGGGAAGCAUUGGCGGAAUUGUACAUGAUUUGGUCAGGAAGAUAUGUUGAAUAAUGUUUUUCAGAAUGAGGUAUUUUUGCAGCUAAUCGUUGACCACAAGAAGCGAAAUGAUGGUUUAUUAUGUUUGAUAUCUUUGUGGGAUCAAAUGUUAAUUGGGCAUUUGAAUCUUGUCGAACUGCAUUGAUAUUCUUUUUAGUUUUGCUAUUGCGCCCUAGUAUUUCCCUUAUUCCUUCCCACUUUUUACUCAUGUUAUUGUAAUAUGAGUUAAAAUAAUCACAGUAAUACAACUUUUUACUUGACCGAAUUAAAGUUACAAAAUAGUUACGAUAUAAUUUGUAUUUUGUGUUAUUAUUAGAGUGAAAUAACUUAUUCUUAAUCUUUAUUGAUCGUCUUAUCCCUUUCGUUAUCCAUGGUUUGAUUGAUUGUUUCAGUUUACGUUUUGAAAUAGUUUUAAGCGGUGCAUGUUUAUUUAGAGUUUUGUUUAAUUUAUUAAAGAAAGUCGAAAAUGCCUUGUUUGGGUUAUCGGAUGAAUUCAUUAAAAUCGACUCCCAGUCUAUUUCUGAGAGCUCGUUAUUAAACAAAGUUUCGGAAAAUUGUGAAUAGUCACGAUAUUUGUGUUUAAAAAUAUUCUGCCUCACGCUAGCUAUCGAAUCUAAAAUACAAAAUUGUGAAAAGUGGUCACUCACAUCAGAUAUUAUAUUCCCACUAGCUAAUAUAUUAUCAGGGUUAUUGAUAAAUAUGUUAUCAAUUAGCGUGGAUGAAUUUCUGUGGACACGUGUAGGCUUAUCAAUGCUAGGGAUCAUCGAGCAACUUUGUAAAGAUAGCAUAAAAUUAUGUGCAUAGUUGCAUUGGUCAAUUUUUAAAAGAUCUAUGUUGAAGUCACCCAUGAUAACCACAUGCUUGCCUUUUGAGGUAUAAUAUUCUAAUUUUUGUUCAAAGUAUGUUUGAAACGCCUCAGGCAAAUUAUGCUGCCUGUAUAUAACUGAGCAUAUGAUAUUUCUUUUCUUUGGAAUAUCAAUUUCAAUCCAAAGUGCUUGGUAAGCUAUGUUAAUUGCCUUUUCAAUGACCACAUAAUUAAAUCGAUUAUUAAUAUACAUUCCAACACCUCCAGCAGCAAGAGGCGUUGGUACAAAUUCAAAUGAAUAUCCAGUAAUAUUAUAGUUGAAACCAUUAAAAUUGUUUUGUUUGAUACGCGUUUCUGUAAUGCCUAUUACACUAAAUGAAAAAUCAAGCUCAUCCAAUAUUUGAGUUUGCAAAUGUUCUAAGUUUCUGCGCAGACUACAUACAUUAUUGUGAAAAAAAGAAAAACGCCUAUCACUUGAGCCGUAUGGAUCACCUUUUCAAUUUUAGUAAAGCUCUCUGGAGAAUAAUAUUUACAUUUAAUAUGGUUGCUCAUUGCAUUUCGAUCCGGAUUAAUAUCAGCGUCUGUUUCAAUAUUAAGAUUGAAUACGUCUAGAUCAUACAGGCUAGUAAGUUUGUUCAAAUACCUUUCACUGGUACAGUGAUCGAUAAAAACAUCAUCACUAUAUACACCAUAGAAAGGUAAUUGAGCCAGGAUAGUUCUAUUAAUAUGGAUUUCUGUUCUACUCAUCAUUUAAAAUUCAAAGAAAAAUUAAGCACUUAGCUGAGGUAUUGUUAACAGAUUAUCUUAAUGACUCCUGUUCAAUUAGGUUGGUCAGGUCUUGCAGUGUUUUUAUACGGAUUACUCCAGUGUUCUCUAAUUUUCUUAAAUAAACUUGACUGUUUCUUGCCCAGCAGAACUUAUAACCCUUGCUCGUUUUAUACCUUUUUGUUUCAUACAGAAGGUUUUGUAGGCGUGGUGUCAAAUGGUCAAACAUGCUAAUUCGUGUAGUUGAAGGAUAGGCCAAUUCAAUACCAAGCUGAUCGGGCGUGAUAUUAUCUAAUGCAUGUUUCCGAGCCGCCAUAAUCUUUUCUUUAGCUAGUCGACGGACAAAUGUUAACACAUAGCCAUUCAGCGAAGAGCUUAUAUAAUUGAGCCAAUUCAUGAUAUAUUUAAGCCAAUCAGCGAUUAGUUUACAUUGAUUGUUUACAUCGUGCCCGCAUUAAUUAUAAACUAACCCAAUUUAUCCUUUUCAAAAUGGCGGCCUUUCGUGAGUGGGCAAAAUGUUUCAAACAAUUUCAUUAAAAUUUUGAACGAAUUGUACCGGUUUUCUAUGGAUUUUGCAUUGUGUCUAACUCUGGGCAUUUUUGCUAGUUUAGUUAAUGCAUUUUUCUUGGUACACGACUCGGAAAAUCCGAAAUUUGGAUCUUUGAAUUCCCGUGCACGAUCAUAUUAAAUAUACUGAAUCUGAUUAUAAACGAGCCCAAGACAAUUGCAAGGUAAAAGGUUAUAACCUAAACUACACAACGUAGUUUUAAUAGAUAACUACUUUAUGAGAAGCAUAUUGGUGUCAUAUCAAUAUAUAAUUUAUGCAGCAACAGUCCCUAAUAGUUAACUGUGGAACGUGAAAACUGUAGUGUGAAAUAUGAUAUUGUAAUGUCUAAUGACAGUGAUGACACCUAAUGUAUAAUGGCGCAAUAAGGAUAAAAAUACCAUCGUUCGAUUCAGCGUAAGAAAUUGCAUUUACGGAUGUCAAAUGUAUUACUAAACAACAGUCUUCUAGCGAUUUAUGGCCUUUGAAAAUCAAGCGAAUUUGUAUUGUUGACAAAUCGCUCGCAGUGCGUAUAUAUAUAGGAUAUUUGCUGACAGACAGACAAAUCACUCGCAGUACGUUUGUCUUUGUAUUUGUAAUGCCUAAUGGCCCAAUACGGAUAAAAAUACCACCGUUCGAUUCAGCGUAAGAAAUUGUACUUACGGAUGUCAAAUUUUACUAAACAACAGUAUCCCAGCGAUUUAUGGAAAUUGUGGCCUUUGUCUUUGAAAGCCAAGCGAAAUCGUUCGGCCGGAACCGGAACUCUGAAAAAUCAGGGUUCUGACCGGAACCGAGUUCCAGUGCACGCCUAACAUUGGGAAGUGUAAACAACAAGUGACAGAACUUUUUCUGGUCAUAUGAUUACAAUAAAGUUUUGAAACUUCAUGGUUUGACAAGUGACAGUUUACUAAAUAGCUGCACGGCUGUUGGCUGUAUAGACACUUCAAAUAUUGUUUGCAUGAGAUUUUUAUUUUUACAUUUUCUCGGCGGGGGGGAGGGCAGUUGUCCUUGCUGCCCUCCGCUAAAGUCUUAUAUGCUAUUAUAUUUAUUAUAAUAAUAAGUGAUGAAAUAUUUCAAUUAUCCCACGUCAUCUUCAUUAUUCAGUUCUUUUCAAGGAAAUACAAAAUGUGAAUCAAGUUUUUUCGCAGAUACAUGUACGCUUUGCGUACCUAUUUUUUAUUUUGCGGGCACAUAUAAGUAGUAGGUAUAUUGAGUAUAGGCUAUGGAUCGUGAUUUAGGAGAAUUUUUUACAAAGUUUGGACAUAUGCAAACGUUCACAAUUGUAUGUAUUUACAAUUGUAUAUUAUUUGUUAUUUCUUUAAACUAUAUUCAGUUAUGAUAUUUUCCUGACAUAUUUAUGUAAAUAAAUUUAUUAUAAUAUUUACUAUAUAUAUCUAAAUGUCACACAGUAUAAUCAGUGUAACAAGUUGUUUGAAAAAUGUAUAUAUGAGUAACGUGGACUGAAUUGGGCAAUGUAAGUUGGGCAUGUCAGUUGGGCAGCAUAAAUAUUGGUAUUUUAGUUUGUAUAAUACCUUAUUGAAUUCUGAUCGUUUAAUUGGCUGUUUAUGGUCACGUGAUAUUGAAUAGAAAAUUCCAUUUCCCAAAAGUGCAAUGGAACACGUUGCAUUGCACUCUCUGCGAGUACAAUGGAAUAAAACGUAUAGUACAAUUGCACUCUUUGUGUUUUCGAUAAAUCGCAUCCCUCGAAACGCUUCUCAUACGAAUCUAUUAGUCUACUUUGAUAUUAUAUAAAACAAAUAAUGAAUGUUUUUUCGUGCAAUGGUAACAAUAUUUUAUUCGGUGAAAGAUGGAAUGUUCCAUUCAACUCGGCUGUCGUCUCGUUGAAUGGAACAGUCCAUCUUUCACCUCAUGAAAAUAUUCUUACCAUUGCACUCAUAAACAUUCAUUAUUUGUAUAAUAUGUAUUUGAAGGACUUAGGGAAGGUUAAAAUUUCGUUCGACAUUUAUAUAGCCUACAACAGUGGAAUAGUAAUGUGCAUGUAAGUACUCACAUGAAAGGACCUUGGCUACGUGUUAUAGUCUUUUAGUAAGUAAAACGGGGAUGAUUUUCAUUAUAAAAAAAAACAAGUUAGCACAAGUUAAAGUACGAACAUGACAGCAAGUGAAUGUCAUGAAAUAGUCCUGCUUAAUAAUAUUUUAAUUCAAUGCCAGUGUUAGGGCAGUUAUAUUCAGAAGCACCAAAACUAAGGCGUUUUUUACAAUAUUUCCAAAAGUUUCACGCGAAAGACGGCGAAUAGCUUACUAUCACACAUAGGUAUUGAAUGCUGAUUAAAAAUUCAAUUGCAUGCUAAAAAUUCGAAUGGGUGAGAGGCACCUACCCUUAGGAAUUCCCUACCACCUCAGAUUAGGAGAAGUAGUCCUGUUGAUAAUUUUAAAAGACUUUCAAAGACAUUUAUUUAAGAAAGCAUAUUUGUAAGAUAAUUUUUUAGACUUUAACAUCGUCGAACAUAAAUUAGGGCCUAAUUUUUAUACUUUUUCUUGUAAUAGGCUAACUCUUCUAAAUAGUUUUGUUAUGCGCAUGCAUGUGAACAUGCAUAUAUAAAUGAAAACAUUGCGCACUAUAAAUGUAAAAAUUACUAUUAUUUAAUUAUUAAGUUCUUUGUACGUUUGCAUGGUGAUAAAACAUAUAUAACAGCUUUGUUUGUGGAAACACGACGUAAAUUUAUUACUGCAAAGCUUUCGAUCCGUAAGCCCGGAUCUUCAUCAGUGCUAAUAAUAUAUAUAUAUAUAUAUAUAUAUAUAUAUAUAUAUAUAUAUAUAUAUAUAUAUAUAUAUAUAUAUAUAUAUAUAUAUGCAUAUUAUUAGCACAUGAUGAAGAUCCGGGCUUACGGAUCGAAAGCUUUGCAGUAAUAAAUUUACGUCGUGUUUAAAAAAUAAAUUUAAAUUAAAAUAAAUUUAUAAAUUAAUUAAUUAAUUAAUUAUUAUUUUAAAUUUACGUGUUUUGACAAACAAAACUAUUAUAUAAUUUAAUUAUUAUUAUCAGCCAAGUUUAACGUGUGGCACGUGCGUGCGAGUAAAACCUGACUAUAUUUUGAAAAAUGUUAAACUAAACUUCCUAUAUCUAUACGUACUCGCCGCAUUCAAACGAAACUUUCCACAUAAAAGCGCUUGAAUAGAAGGAGUAUUUUACUCGAUUGACAUGGGGCGAAUUCGGAAGAGUUUCGAAGAUAUUCAGAAUUGAAAUUCAGAAUGUUUGGCUGCAAGGGUGAGUAAAUAUAUGAUUGUUUCGGUUUGCAUAAUGUUUUGACGCCAUUUCAAAAGGUUAUAUUUUGUGAGAAUUUCAAUGGACAGUGCAUGCUCUUUGUUUUAAAGAGGGUAAAUAGUCUCUGAUAUAUUUAAUUAUAAUUUCCGCUUCUUGAGAAAGAUGCACGUGCUUCUGGCGCAUAAAAUUUUAAUUAAAUUUUAUGAAGAAUAUUUUAUUUACACUUCAUGCGCAGAGAUUAAAUUAUAUAUAUUAUAUAUACAGUUGAUACGGAUCGUUUAAUAAACGGCUUAGAAUACAGAAUCGGUAGAAAACAAAUUAUAACUAGUCAUAAUGGUGAUAAUACAUGAGAACACAUUAAUAUAAUAUUACAGAAGAUACAGGAUUGCAACAAAAUAUGAACAGGAAAGAGGAACCAAUGGAGCUAAAGAAAAGGCAAAGUUUGGACAGGGCCGUAACUAGACAGGUUAUGUAUACUCAUAAACUCAUGUUCACAUGCCGUAAAAACAAUCGUUUUCAAAUAAUAUUAUACCUCAAAUUCAAAUUGUCCAAUGAAAAAAGAGCAUUUGUACCACGUGAUAAUGUGAUAUUUGCGGUAUUUCACUCAAAUUCAUGAUUUCGCAAUGCAGCGUGAGAUACUAUAAUAUCCCACGGCAGAUCCAUCGUGGGAUGUUAUAGCUUAGUAUCCCACGCUCACCGGUGACGCGUGGACACAACGCUCUGAAACAAUAUGGCGUUUGCGAGCUGUUGUUUGUAAUUUCGUACAGAAGAUUUUAUUUAACCAAAGAUUUCGCGUAGUUAAUAUUCAGCAAAUUUUAAAGUUUAUUCUGAACUCUGUGAGUUCCUUAACUUUCGGUAUAAUAUAUCAUUUAUAGACCCUCCGCUCGGGAGAUUCGGCGAUAUUUCCCUCAGUGAUGAUAUUUUCCACGGGGAAAAGCCCUUCGGGGCAAAACCCCUCGGAAAAUAUCAUCACUUCGUGAAAUAUUACGCCGAAUCCCCCUCUCCCUCUGGGUCUAUAAAUGAUAAAAAUCCGUCGCGUAGAACACGAAUAUAUGCAUAUGCACCCCCUCCCAACAUUUAUCGCGUUUAGUUACGACCCUGAGUUUGGAUACCAUAAGACACUCUUUAAAAAACAAUUCAGAUUCUAUAAGGAGCAAAAACUAAUUAGUUUAACAUCGUCGUGCAUAAGAUGCAGGUUAAUCUAUUUUAGAAUGAUGAUCAUAGACGAGGAAGGUUUUUUGAUUGGUGUAUAGGAACGGAGUUAUAUGGUUACCCUAUCAUCAGAGGGUGAAAAAGUGUGUUUUCAUGAUUAUUUUUAUAUUCAUAACACGACGCUAUAUUACUUUAUAUAGCGCAAAACUCGUAAUUCAUAUUAUCCUUAUUAAUUUUAUGAUAUUUUUUAUAGAAUCAUCGUUCCUCUAUUAAAUUUCCUGUUUAGCAGUACAGUCUAUAUAUAGUUCAUAAAAAUUAAGCUGAUGGUCAUUGCGUUACACCUUUCAUAUGGUGUUCUAAAGACUAAAUUUUUCUAGGUAAAUUAUCAAAUCAAUUCAAUUACAAUUUCACUGUAUACGGCAGAAGUUUCAAUUCUGUGCCAUUGUCUUUGCACUAUAUUAAAACUAUUUUUGUCAUUUAAUAUGACCAACUUUUUACCAUGAUAAUAUGCAGAUGACAAGCAGUUUCUGAAACUUUAUGCCAUCAAUUGAAUGUGGUUGCAAAUGGAAAUGUCUAUUUGACAUUCAAUUACCACAGAUUCCUUUCAGAACUUUAAAAGCUUCUUUCCUCAACACUGGUCUUGUCCAGAAGAAGAUAACGGAGUUAAGUAUUGUGUUUACUCCAAGGGCUGUUGCAUACCAAGCAAUUAUAACCCUAUAUAAUAUUAUGUCCUUUUCGAGAUAAUAAAUGUUGAGGAACUCGCCGGGAAUACAAAAAAUAUAGAAUGUAACUACAACCAAUGCACAAGACUUGGCAAGCUUUAAUUCUUUCGGAGAAUAUCGUUUUCCAACACGUGAUUUCGGCUCCUUUUCUUCACUACCUGUGCUGCAGUUGUGUCGUAGCAGUCUUUUCCUUGCUGAAUACAAAAUGUGUGAGUAGCAAAAUGUAUGUAGCAACAUGGGAAUAAUUGCGUAGACCGCGCAAAAAAUGUAGUAGAAUGUUGCAGAAACCACAGCCAGGGGGACAAUUAUGAAUGUUACCAAUAUAACACAACAAAUGUAUACCAAAAACAUUUUCUUUGUAACGUAGUUGAUAUGUGCAAUUGGAUGCAAAACACCCAUGUAUCUCUCAAAAGUCAACGCGCAUAAAGCUGCUAAGGAUAAUCCCCACGGUAUAAAUGCUAUUGUAGAAAAGAGAAAACUUAACAAACAGUCUGGCGAACCAAAAACUUCCCGGAGGUGAAGGUAGCUAAACAAUGGAAGAGUAAGCAAUCCAACAGACAAGUCAGCCAUUGACUGGAUGAAUACGGGAAAGUGACAAACCUUCGCUCGCAUAUGCUGACUUUUCCAGAUUGUAAGAACUGUAAUACCGUUCAAAAGUAUCACAGGAAUCAUUAAUAUACACAUCGCCACAGAUGUAAAAACUUGGUUGAUGACAUAUUCGUUUGAAGGAAAUUCGACAAUAACGACAUGUGUGUAACCGGCUAUUGAACACUCUUUAAUGAAGUUAGGUGUUGUGCUAUUUAUUUCCAUUUCUUGCUUCUUGAAUUUUAAUUUUGUUCUUUUUUCAAUUCUGCAGUGAUGUCAAUCUAGAAAAAAUAAAUUUAUCCCAACAUUACAAUAGGCAAUCUAUACCAGUAUGCCUUCAAAUUACAAAUACAUCAUUUGUAUAUCAGUUCAUAGGACCAGCUCGUGGCGAAACAAAACUUUAGCUGAGAAAAAUGGUAUGAAAACUGUUAACACUCAGGAUAAGUUUAGUGAUAAUUUCCAUCAUAAUCGGUCCGAGUCCUCGACAGACCUGACAAACGUGUAGCUCCGUAGGUAAAGCGUCGAGCUAGCGUUUCAAAGAUUGAGCAUCUCAUUGUAUUUAUAUAUUAGCCUACAAAGUGAACAAUAUCACAUAAUUACUGGGACCAAUUAUUUUGGAUCUUCCGAUUAUGAUGGGACAUCAGUCAUUCGGCCUAUUACAAAAGUGAAGCCAAGAUGUUGCAUGGUGCUAAAAGAGACUGUCUAAGGUUUAAUCUAUUAAUCCACCUGGAGCUAACCUGAGCAUCAGGCUCUAUUUUACAAAUAAUAGCCUGAUACAAACCUUAAUCCGAUCGCUUUCCACCCACAGCAAAGUUUAUAUUUAGUAUCCAAUCAAAAAAUUGCAGGAAAAAUUUAAAUUUCACUAUUUUCACACAACGACAACGACAAUCUAAUUGUAGUUGUGAUCACUAUAAAAUAUAUCAACAACAACAGUAUAAUCUAAUUAGCACCAACCAAUCAAAUAACAGAUUAAAAAAUAUUUUGUCUCAUAGACCAAUCAGAUUUACAACCGAGUUUCAGGUCUAUUUAUUUAUUUUUAGGCCUAAUCGCAGGUUAACCUGGAGCUAACCCUAGGGGCCCUCUGUGGCGGCGAACGUCAUUCCGUCCUGGUAAAGCAUAAAUACUAUAAUCUAAUAGAACCCGAAAAGCAAAAUAUUUAGCUCCAAUAGAAACCACAAUUUUUUAGGUAAGGCUGAAGUCUUAUAUUAAUAGUUAUAGUUAGUGAGCAAUCAGGCUUAUAAUAUGGUUUUUAUAUAACUCUUAAAAACUAAAUAACCAAUUAAUGAAUUGUUUUCUUAAUUAGUGAGCUAUUCACAGUGUACUACAUUAAUAUAAUAGCUAUUCUCAAACCUCUGAAUUUGAUCGAUAAAUUAUAUAUAUAUAUAUAUAUAUAUAUAUAUAUAUACACUGUAAAUCUGGGAGUGUUACCACAACACCGAAAUCGGUGUAAAUUCUUGCAGCUGUGUGGACACCGAUUUAGUGUUUACUUACACUCAUUUUGGUGUUAAAAUACACCUUUUCAGUGUUAAAUAGAUGCAGCUGUGUGAACACCGAAUUGGUGUAAAAUAACACCUCCGAAGAUCUUUUCACACUCUUUUGGUGUAAAUAGCUUGCAGCUGUGUGAACACCGAUUUGGUGUAAAUCUACACUACGAGCGUAAAAUAACACCUCCGAAAGUAUUUUUACACUGUUUUGGUGUAAAUAGCUUGCAGCUGUGUGGACACCGAUUUGGUGUAAAUCUACACUACGAGCGUAAAAUAACACCUCCGAAAGUAUUUUUACACUGUUUUGGUGUAAAUAGUUGCAGCUGUGUGGACACCGAUUUCGUGUAAAUCUACACUACGAGCGUAAAAUAACACCUCCGAAGAUAUUUUUACACUGUUUUGGUGUAAAUAGCUUGCAGCUGUGUGGACACCGAUUUCGUGUAAAUCUACACUACGAACGUAAAAUAACAUCUCCGAAGAUAUUUUUACACUGUUUUGGUGUAAAUAGCUUGCAGCUGUGUGGACACCGAUUUCGUGUAAAUCUACACUACGAGCGUAAAAUAACAUUUCCGAAGAUACUUUUACGCUGUUUUGGUGUAAAGCACCUUGCAGCUGUGUGGACACCAACUGGUGUUAAUCUACACUACGAGCGUAAACUAACACCUCCAAAGGUCUUUUUACACAGCAUUACGUACUUACUGAAUACAGCUGUACUGAUAUGGUUUGUGAUGUAAAUGUACAUCCAAUUGAUGUCUAAAGUAGCUAUAUUCAAUAUAAACUUAAUGUAAUGUAAAAAUACCUUUUUGUAUAAAUGCUGCUUAAGAUUGUAUGUUAUUAACUCAAUUUAACUGAAUUACUAAUAUUAAAACAAUGAAGAGAAUAGAAAGUACAAAUGUAAAUUAUAUAUUUUUAGAGUUUAAAACUAUAGUCUAUGUUACAUAUUUCGAUUCAGUUGAAUCAUUUCAACAUAGUUUAUAUCAGUCACAAUCCAAAUUAAAGUUCAUAUUACCAGUACAGGCGAUUUGAAACCAAUAGAAUCUUUGCUGAAUGGCACUUUGACACAGUCGAAGAAGAACACAUCACUAUAUUGUAGCGCACAAAAUCUACAAGGGUUUUGGUGUGCAACUGUCCUUCGUUAAACAUUAAUGGCCAGCAGGUUCCCUUGAAAGAUAAUUAUUUUGCAUUAGAGAUUAUUAUAAAGAGUGCACUGUACCUUACCUUAGAAAGUAUCAAACAACUUAUAGAACAAACCCAAUCUAAUUUUUUGUUGGUGACAUAUCAGAGUAAAUAUUUGAGAUUUGGGUAGAAAGUCUGGCUAAACUAUCAACAAGUAACACUUUUUAGGGCAAGUCGAGUGGUUUAGGGCAUAGUAUGAUUUAAACAAGGCACAUUGGCAGAGAGACCGUUUAAAACCAAUUAACCAGAGGAGUAAACUUUUCUGGGAUUAACAUUUUUAGUCACAGUAAAUAAUAAACAUAGUACAUGUAUAUUUGGGCACUUUAAGUUUAAUUCACUGUGAAGUUCUUUUGUAUCAUUUCAAAUCAAUAUAUUAUAAAAAGCAUCACUUUAUACACAGUUUAUAUCUUAAUUGUGUAAACGUUCUCUGGUUAAAAGAUUUAUUUAUUACAAGCUUUCGACUGCCAGUCUGCAGUCUUUGACGGGUCUCCGUCUGCAGACUGGCAGUCGAACGCUUGUAAUAAAUAAAUCUUUUUAACCAGAGAAUCCUGGUUUCGCUUCCAACAUUUUUAAAGUUUAUAUCUUAUUUUAUAUAUCCUACAUAUAUUUUAUAAUCACUCUAUAUCCAGUAUCUGGCCGGGCUACCUUUAGGAAAUACCUGGUUGCCAGAUAAAACAAUUGAUCACAAUUGACAUUCACCUGGCAUUUGGUCAUUUCUAGGGCUGCACCAGAUAGACAUUUUUGACAUCCAGCCAGAUUUCAGCUAUGUUGGAUAGUUGAAAGAAAGAUAUCCGCAUUAUCCGGCUGAAUACUGUUGAUAUAAAACUUUAGACUUUCAUUUAAGAUAAAUAAUUAGUUUAAUUGAUUAUAAAAUGAGGGUGUUUAUAAUACUUUGACUUGAAAAGAUACUUGAAUUAUAGGAAAUAACUUCAUUCUAAACAUGGGUAUUGCCAAAGCCGUGUCCACAAAGUUCAAAGGUCAAAUCCAGUAUCUGCCAAUAUACUGGAUAGUAAGAUUAUCUCACUAUCUGCCGAUAAAGGGAGGGGGAAAUUGCCUUGGGCCCCAACCUUAAUAGGGCCCCAACUUGAGAGCCUAAAAUUGAGUAGGUCCUUUAAAUUGAUGAGAGCAUUUGUGAAAUUGAGGGCCGGUUACAGUAGCUCAACAUGCAGUCUAGCUAAGGUCUAGUCAUGGGGCCCCCAGAGAAGAUUUGCCCAGGGCCCUGCAAAUUCUCUCGGCAGCCCUGAGCCUGGAUAUGAUAUCCGGUAUAUAGUCAUUUCAAACCUUUGUCCAAGCACAGGUAAAUUCACUCAGUAAGAAUGUCAUUUUAUCUGUUCCGUACGGUGGUACAUUUUCAGAGGGCAAUGUAAACAGCUCUUAUAUAGCAAUAAAGACAGGUGCUUUGAGCUGACCUGCCUGAAAAGUCUCAAGUAAACAUGGAUGAAAUUCUACUUGGUUGUUGGUACAACACUAUGUACAAUGAACUCUGGUAUCUGGGCUACCUCGGUUCCAUAUAAACACACAACUUGACCAGGGCCGUAGCUAGACCGAUAAUUGGGGGGGGGGGUAUAUUCAUAUAUUCGUGCUCUGCCCAGAUGGAUUUCUUUUGAAAGCGAUUGUUUUUACGGUAUGUGAACAUGAAUUUAUUUAUAUGAAUAUACACCACCCAAAUUAUCGCGUCUAGCUACGGCCCUGAACUUGAUUCAUAAGUCAUAAACAUUUACUAAUUAUGGCAUUAUGCCAUAUUAGUGUCUGCAUAGUACUUCUUCAGGGCAAUCAGGGGAUCAUAUAUAAUUUUUGAGCUUGGAAUUCCUCAGAGGUAUAACUAUGAGAAACAUGAUGUUUGUGAUGUUACUCUGAGUGUAUAUCCACACCGAGCAAGCUUGAAAAAUUUAUAUGCCUGGCCACGGUGGGAAUCGAACCUACAACCUUUGGAAUACUAGCCCAAUGUAGGUACCAACACAGAAAAAAUUAUGAAAAACAUAUAUCCUGGAUGACUUUUUCUGUGUUGGUGUAAUGUACUCAGGUGAAUAUGAUGCUUGUGAUGUUGCUCUGAGUGUAUAUCCACACCGGACAAGCUUGAAAAAUAUGCCUGGCCAUGGUGGGAAGCGAACCUACGACCUUAAUUGGAAUACUAGCCCAAUGCUCUGCCAACUGAGCUACACGGUCAGGAUAUACACUCAGAGAAACAUCACAAGCAUCAUAUUCACCUGAGUACAUUACACCAACACAGAAAAAGUCAUGAUCACUAGAUUACAUUGAUAUUGAAGGAACUAGAUUCCGUUCCGAAAUAUCACAUACCGGUACUCGAACCGACCUGACCGCGUAGCUCAGUUGGCAGAGCAUUGGGCUAGUAUUCCAAAGGUCGUAGGUUUGAUUCCCACCGUGGCCAGGCAUAUUUUUCAAGCUUGCCCGGUGUGGAUAUACACUCAGAGUAUUACAUCACAAGCAUCAUAUAUCCUGAAUGUAUUCAGGGAAUUCAGCAAUAUGUAUAUUUAGGGUUGUCUGGAAUCUAUUGAUAGGCACAAUAUAAGGCCAAUGAAAAUUGAUAUCAUGUUUCUCGUCCCCGCCCGCAUGGGAUUUAUGUGCCGCACGAAAAUUUUUUAUUAUUCAUUAUUUUUGAAAAAUAGGCUUAAAAAACACCAAAUUCAUCUCCAGAUCAAAGUCUUAUUGCUGUAUUACGCAAACGCAACUCAAAUUGUAUCUUUCUAAAGAUAUUACUCGCCAGGAUGCCUCUAUUUUUCAUGUCAGCCCUGGUAUGUAAAGAAAUAUACUGUAGUCUGUAGACUGUAGUGUAGGACGUAUUAAAUUAAAAUGAAUUAUACACCAAUUUUUAAUACUUCAGAUUUUUAUGGAGGUUUUUACUGGGUCAAGGAAAUUAUUGACAAGCAGAAUUCAAGUACAAAAAAUAAUGAAAAAUGAAAAAAUCCCGCUCCAAAUUUUUGAAAAUUGUGGACGAGAAACAUGAUAUCAAUUUUCAUUGGCCUAAAUAUUAAACACAGAGGAGGAAUUAUUCUCCUCUCAUACAAAGCCAUAGAACUUGCUUUGGCGAUUAUAUCAAUAUUAGGUAAAUGAAUCAAUAUUGAUAUCGUCUCAAUACAUUAAACUAUAUUCAUACCUUCUUGUAGCCUGUAGUAUUCUAGUUUGUUGUCGUUUUAAUACAUUUACAGGUAUCAUGAUUUCGACAGUUCGACUUGCUUUGGAGCACAUAUUAUGACAAUAUUUAUUGCUUGGAAUUAUAAUCUGUAAAUACAAAGCAAUAUCACUAAGUUUUAAAGUAUUUUCGUGACAAAAUAUAUUGUUGAACCCAAUACAAAAUACAAAUGCGACCAACGGCACGGCGGUUAAAAAUAUACAUGAAUACAACUAUUUAUGGCACAUAUUUACACACGAAACUUCAAAAUAUUGACAUAGUUUAACACUUACAUUUAAGAUUAUUGUGUGGACCUUCAAAAAUUGGAGUAUUUCUUCAUAUUUUCGUAAAUAUUUUAAGAAAACUGGCCAUAUAAUAUUGGAAGUGGAUAUUCAUCCGACAUUUCCAUAUCGUUAAAGUCGUUAAAAAUAAAACAGCGUAGAUGUAGUUGAAUUUCAAGCCAAUCCUUCGUAGUGUAGUGGUUUAGGCACCCGUAUUGUGUGCGCCAAGUUCUGGGAUCGAUUCCUGCUCGCGCCACUAUUUUAUUAUUUUUUUUUAUACUUUUUUUUUUCUUCGUGAUUUUCGCUUACGCACCGCGUACGAAACGUAUAGCGUAUCGAAUAUGUUGUUGCUUCGUUCUUAAGAAACAACGCAACUCUUUUAGUGGUUUAGUUUUAGCUUUUAAAGCGUUGUCGGAUGAAUAGCCGUGAAGCAGGAAGAUCCGGUGUCGGACGAAUAUCCACGGCGUAUAAUAUUUAUCAACCAGCGUUAUAAAAUUUCCAAAGGACGCGCUCGAAAUGUGUCCCGCUAAGCCUUCUGGGAGCCCAUAUAUGAAGGCACUGAUCUCAAUCAUGUGAACAAUCCAGUGCAAAUUAAACUGUAUUGCGGGUUUUUGACAGAAACUUAUAAUUCUAAUUUCUAUCUUCAAAAUUCUAACUGUCUUAUUAUAUCUUGCUUAAACGACAAUAAUCAAAGCAUUUACGACGCAAUAUAAGCUCCACACCUAAUUUUACGAAUUUUAGUUAUCACGGCUGUCUGACUGUACGUAGGAAAUCUACCACUCUGGAGACUACUACGUAUCCGCCCCCGUAGAAAUUUUGCUAGAUUGGAUAUAAAUAAUUAUGAAAUAAACCAAGACGAAUUCCACGUAAACUCCUAGGAGUACUAUAAACUCAGUUUCAGGCCAAUUAAAUUCGAUAAAAUGACUCAGGGCCUCUUUUAACAUAUAGACUGCGGAGACAUGUCCCCCCCCAGCCCUCCUAGUGGCCCCUCCAGUCAGCAAUUUUGUCCCACCCCCCAGUGCAAGGUCCCUAAGAACUAUCUGCAGUAGGUGGUCAACCAGCAAUUGUAUAUCAAAGUGAGAAAAUGAUGUUAUAAGCUGUUAACAUUUCUGAAUUUGACUGAAGUCCGUAACUAGCUAUGAGUCAACCGAGUCAGUUGCAUGCCUCGGUAGGAAUUUUGGGGACUGAAAUUUGAACAUCGCCAGAAACCUAAACCAUGGCUGAAAUAAUUUGCUCGUGGAAAAAGGCAUGAAAUGGCAUUUUAGGUUCUAGUUUAGUUUGUCCAAGCAAAGAUACUCCAAAGAGACCACCCUAUCGUGCUCUUCAGUGACACUGAGAAGCGAAUGCGUCGAUAUCAAGUACCCCAAUACAUGUAAUACAGUACUGUAAAAUUUGAAGUGUGGUGAAUGAUAAUACUAUACCACGCACAUUUUUAUUACCGCCAUCAUCACAUCAUGUUGCCUUAUUGGGACUGGAUUACAUUUGGGAGAUUGUAAAAUUGCAGUAAUUAUGCCACUGUAUAUAAAGUUAAUUUCUUGUUGGAACACUCCUCAAAAUGCUGGAAAUAGCCUAUCUGAGCUUCAAAUUCUGGUGUAUGUUUACACUUUACACUAUCAUGGUGUUAUCACAUGCACCAGAAUUAGCUAGGUACAUUUACACCGUUUGAGGGUAUGUUUACAGCAUAAUAGGUGUUAAUACUUCGUUUAAUUUUCUACUUUACACCAGAUCAGUGUAUCUUAAAAUCGUCUAGUGUAAUUAUACACCAGGUUCAGUGUAGAUUUGCACGACGUAAGCAUUCAUGUUUUUUACAUCAUACCGGUGUAUAUUUACACAAUCAUGGUGUUAUCUCAUACACAAGAAUAGGCUAAAUUUACACCGUUUGAGGGUAAAUUUACACCUUAAAAGGUGUUAAUACUUCGGUUUCUACUUUACACCAGAUCAGUGUAUCUUAAAAUAGUCUUAGUGUAGUUAUACACCAGGUUCAGUGUAGAUUUACACUAAGUAAGCAUUCAUAAUUUUACGCCACUCCGGUGUAUAUUUACACUAUCAUGGUGUUAUCCCAUACACAAGAAUUGGGUAAAUUUACACUUGUUAAGGGUAAAUUUACACUGCAAUAAUAGAGAAUACAUUAGUUUUUACUUCACCUCAGCUCUGUGUAUUUUAACGCGUUCUAGGUGUAAUGAUACACCAGGAAAAGUGUAAAUUUACACUUCGCAAGUGUUGGUAUACUUUACACCGAAUAAGUGUAUAUUUACACUAUCGCAAUGUGUAAAUUAACAGGGAAAGAGGUAAUGUUACACGGUUCUAAUGUAAAUCUACACCGAAUUAGGUGUGAAUAGAAUAUUUUCUACUUUACACCUAGUAAGUGUUACCGAGACACUAAAAUAGUGUAAAGUUACACUGUGGAAGUGUAAUGUUACACUCGAACGGUGUUUAAUUCCGCGUUACACCUAAUUAGUGUAAUGUUACACCUUUUUGGUGUUGCCGCAACACCGCGAGAUUUACAGUGUUGGCUUCCAUGUGAAGUAUAAUUGACGAAAUAAAUUAAAGAGACGAAUGUCUUUAAAAAGGCAUUUCAUUAAUAAUGAUAAUUAUAUUUGCAACAUGAGACCAAUGGAAUGCAAAUUUGUUGAAAAGGAGAUUUUUUACAAACUCGCGUAUUAGUCUCUCAAAACCAAUCAGAUCGCACAUACCGAUUGCCAAAUAUACGUAUUGUCUAAUAACAAGUGGCGGUGUGUUUCUUUAGAAGUUUGUGUUAUGGUAAGUUCAACAGUUUCCAAGUAAAAGAUCCUCAAACAUGGCAAUUUCGAAAACAAAUCUGCCACUAUAUGGAGGUGGAAGCCAUUUCAAUUGAGAAAUCGUAGUUUAUAUAACAUAUUCUGAACAGACUUUAUUAUGAGAGAUUACGUUUUGGUUUUGCAAGAAUUAGCGAGGAUUUUUUUAAAAUUAGUGUGGCAAAAUUAUGGGCGAUAAUGUUCGUGCUGAGCAAUCUGUAAACUGCCAUUUUUGCGUUUUGCUUUGAAAAUGUGCGAUGGACACUGUUGUGCAGCAUAUAUAAUACGACGCAUGCACACGAAGUAGUUUUCACGGGGGCCACGAAAGACUAACAAAAUUGUAAAUCUACUACUAGGAAAUAAUUUGCAAUUCAAUAAUCGCGAACGAACGGAAACUUUAUACAAAUUAGUUUAUUGAGCCGUUUUAUUUUGGCGUAUUCCUAAAUUUUGAAGCGUAUUUCAAAUUCAAAAAUUUAUAUGUCUGUCAAAAUUACAUGAAAGUUGAAAUAUUAAAUACCAAAAUUGAAGUAGUCCUCUUGAAUAUAAUGAUAUACUUAAUAUGUAAGUGUAAAAUCUGAUCUAGUUUUCGCGCUAUAGGUUGAAUCAAACAGCGUAACUACGCCUGGUAUAUAAAUGUCUCUUGCAUCUCAUUUCGAUUGGAUAUUGGAACACCAGUUUUAGUUUUUGUCAGACACUUUUCUGUUAAGAGAUGAACUUCUUACAUGCACUUUCUUUUACAGCCAGGGAUGCGACAAAUUAGAGCAUAUUAAUGUAUCAUGGUGUGGUCAAAUUACGCGAAAUGGUGUUAGGAUUUUAUCGGAAGAAUGUUCACAUUUAAAAAGUUUUAUUUCAAAAGGAUGUACAUUAGUAAGUUUUUGGUAUGAAUUAUUAUUACUUGCAUGCUGUCUCUCGACGGAGAAGUGCAUUGACAAACAACAACAUCCUGCAUGCAUGCUAUGAACAACUGCUACAGCGUUUAGUAACUAAGAAUCUAGGCUUCUCUCUGCCGAGUUUACAACGGCAACAACAACGGCAACAGCAGCGGCAAUAACAACGACGACGACGACUAAAGCUAUCACAACAACAACAACAACAACAACAACAACAACAACAACAACAACAACAACAACAACAACAACAACAACAACAACAACAACAACAACAACAACAACAACAACAACAACAACAACAACAACAACAACAACAACAACAACAACGAAAACUAAUACAUAUAUAGCAUUUCGUCCGCUGAGGAAGCGAGAAUCCUUAGUUAUAAAUUGAGUUAUAAAAUACUACGAUUAAUUUUCGUUUGUAUCAACCGCUUGGGUUCGCUUCUUCACAUAUCAUUUAGCUCCAAAGUAAACCAUGGAAAUGUUAUCUGAUUUUCUUAUUACAGAUUCAAGACGAAGGAGUACAACAUCUAGCAAGAAAUUGUAGAAAUUUACAGACGCUUAAUUUGCACAGUUGCGAGGUACGAUUUUUCCAAUCUUCAACAUUCUACUGUAUUCAACUAUUCAUCGGUAAGAUGUCAUAAAAUUCGUUCACGUCUUAUAGAAGAUAUAAUGUCAUACAGCAGUAACAAUCUUCCACUUUGGGGUCCAUGCUAUUGUAGUUUUACUAUCCCAACGUAGCCCCCACCCAGAAUCCGAAACACUAAAGCAUGGAUAAUUGAACUUUACACUUCGCUAUAAUACUUUUCUUUCCCCGCGGCUAUAAAUAGCCGAUCGCUAUCACGGGCUUCCGCCCUACGCGCGUGGCUCGGGGAUUAACCUUUUAAUGAAAACCGCUUCAUAACUUUUUAUGCAUUCUCAAAGACAGUAAAAUAAAAAUAAAAGACCAUAUCCCAUGAAAUAAACAUUUUAAAUUUAAACGUCACUUCAUUCAAACGAAUUCGAUAUAAUGGUAACGGUUAUCAAACGGCCGUUUUUAGCUAAUUCUUGACACUUCCCAAAAUGUUUACUCACGUUAAUAUUACGAAAUUUGAUCAAAUAAUUGUAAGUGUCGCAAUGUUUUGUCCAGAAUUUUAGGCUGGGGGGCUUAUAAGAAGGCUGGCUAAAUAGAAGCGGAGACUGGCUAAAUACAUUUGCACACUCUUUAAAAAACAACAAUUUUCAGAUUACAAUUUGCUCUAUUUAGCCAUGUUGGUGAAGGUUAAAUACACCGCAUUAUCAGUGAACGUUAGUUGUAGAACGUUUGUGUUCAUAAUUUCGCUUUAUAUCGAGAAUGAUUUUAUUUUUUCUCCACAUAUUCUUGACUGGGGUCUAUUUGAAGAGGUCUCGGCUAAAACAUGUUAGAGUUAGUUACAUGUUAUAUAUAUAUAUAUAUAUAUAUAUAUUAAGAUGAAAAUGUUCUAGAGUGUGUAUUAUAUAAUUUCCAUACCCAGCGCAAGCAGAAAGAUGUUGUCUGCCGCGGCUGGGUUUUGAACCCGCGACCUUCGAAUUACGAUUGUCAUAUAGUAUCGGUCCAUUAUAGUGUACGUUACAUGACGUAGUACGGAGGGGCGGAGCGAGGAAGAGAGACUUGUCAACUUCGGAAAAUCUCGGUUCAAAACUGAACCGAAAAUGCAAGACUUGCUUUAAUUGUUUUCUGUCAGUGUGUUAUGUAUUGAUCUAGCACAGUGUAAAUAACAUGAGUUCCAUUAUAGUAAAUAAUACAGAAAGAAAUUGAAGGAAAACAAUUAAAGCAAGUCUUGCAUUUUCGGUUCAGUUUUGAACCGAGAUUUUCCGAAGUUGACAAGUCUCUCUUUCUCGCUCCGCUUCUCCGUGCUACGUCAUGUAAUGUACACUAUAGUGGAUCGAUACUAUAUGACAAUGAAAGAGAGACUUGGAGCAAGUCUAAGAAUUAACCGGACUUGACGACAAGGCUAAGGUUGCCCACAGGACAGCUCAGUUAUGGAUAUUAAACGUUCCUAAUUCUGUUUGUUCAACCUAGGAGGGUUUGGAAAAAAAAUGUUGAAUUUUGAGCCCCGAACCAGAAUUUCUUGCAUUUUAGCUGGUUACCUUGCAACAUAAUAGAAUGGUGUGUAAUAGUGUGUUCAACAGCAUUGCAGAACACGUUCGUUCCAAAACCGUACUUUCUUCGAUGACAAAAUGGUAAUUUUUCCCCGCCUGGUGGCUUGAGUUCCCCGCCAGGUGGUCUGUAACCUACCAGCCCCUCUGACCUUUACAUUAUUCUUGGGAUUUCUGAGUUUUCUAAGUGCCGUAUUUGCAAUGAAAAGGGUUCAAAAGGUUUAGCUUCAUUUUCCAUGGUAUAUACAGUUACCAGCAUUAAACUUCAGACGUCCAUCUAAAAUAAUUUCUUUUGGCGUACCAUCUAAAAUCAUUUCAUCUUAGCAUUAUUUUACAGAUAAACGUGCAUUUUAAGUUUGUUUGCCGAUUUAAAAACGUCUCAAAAUUGAGGCAUUUUUAAUGUAGUCAUAACCAUGCAAGUGCAUAAUGGUACAGUCCAUUUCACAUACUUUUUCCCUAAAUGUUGCGAACUUCGUUCCCAACUUCGUUGUGAAGUUCAAAAGUUCACAUUGAAAUUCAUCAGCUGGAUUGUAAACAAAACCUCUGCAUGAUUGGCCCCUGAACUAAAAGAAGCAAAUCAAAUUCAUUGUUUACAAACGGUUUGUGAAUAUAUGAUUAUGAACUUUUGAACUUUUGGAAAUUCUGGCUUUUAGUCAGAGAUUCUGGCUUUUAAUAUCCUGGCCUUUAGUAUCCCGAAUAUACCUCGGGGAUUCCGGCUUUUACUCUUUCGGGGUUUUCCGUUCUCGAAUUCCUUUCCCCAAUUUCCCAUUCCUUGUGGCUUGUAGAAAUAGCCGCGGAAGCAUAGACGGAUUUUCUGGGGGGGGGGGGCCACCCCCCCCCCAAUAUUAGCUAUAACCCCCUCAAACAAAAUGUCCACCCCUCCAAAAAAAUUUUCAACCCCCCCAACAUUCGGCAUAAUAAAUAAUAAAUAGUCCACUCCAACGUGCAGAGUGUUGAUGAUACAAAAUAAACGUAGGAGUACACUCAAACAGAAAAAGACAGUGCAAUACUCUGAAACUAAUCACUCUUCGCUUGCAUUCACUGGUUUAUUGGAGCAAUUGUAACGUUUUGAAACUCUAUUAUCUUCCCUGAAUAGAGUUUGCAGUGCCUUGUCAUGCGAAUAGCUUGCACGCAAGGAACGUUUGGAAUUUUUACGAACACUAUUUUUAGUUUUUAUUCUUUUAGGAAAUAGACUUGCCUAGAUUUAAUCUUUACGCCCCAAAUAUUAUUUACAUCGGAGUUGCAUCAUAAAUUGUACUCGGAUUCAAACAACACAAUGUCAAUGAUUUUAUAAAAGUAAAAGCAUAUUGUGUAUUGGCCUAUUGGGUUUACACUUUUACAGGUUCAUUUCACUUUAAGUCUUUAACUCUAUCAAGUCUCAACAGACAAUCGGACAUGCCAAAUCCAUUGAUAUGACAAAUUGACCACUUCAAAAAACUUUUUUCGAAGCUAGAAAUCAUGAUUUUUUUCAAAUUUUUGCUGGGAUACUUUGUUUUCCGCUCUCUAGACUCCCCCUCGCGGCUCUAGUGCUCCACCCCUAGAAUAUAGACCUUACUGGGGUUUGGUGACACUUUGUCUUGCUUCAGUCACCUGCUCACGGCUCACCCCCCUAAAAUUUCUGGCACCACCCCAGUAAUAAAUGUGAAAAUCCGUCUAUGCGCGGAAGCCUACGCUGUAAUAAGCAGAAACACGUUUCGUUAGGGGUCUGCGCAUUCACGAAGAAAAGCUUGCGAGCAUUCUCCCUCGUGUUAUUUUUCCUUAAUUAAUGAUUUGUUUUAUUAAAUUUUUUUAUUUUCUAGCUUCUAACAGACAUAGCGAUAAAAGCUGUUGGUGAAAACUGUUCAGAUGUCCAGUUUCUGUGUGUAUCAGGAUGCCUUCAUCUCACCGAUGCUUCAUUACAGGCGCUUGGUGAGGGCUGUCCACAUCUUAGGUAUGUGUUGGCGAUAUUUACAGUAUGCAUUGUUUAUACUCUGGCGAUGGCAUGCCGGAGGUUUAAAAUGGGUCGUUUUCUGUUGUUUUCGCUGUCAGAAACGUGAGAAUUUAGCUAAAAUGACGCUCACUUUUACAUCAAUAAGACUGUAAAACACGUUUGUACAUAUAUAUCUUGUUGAAUGGUUUGACAUAUGAUCCGGCCGAAUAAUUUACGAGUUUCGAACGUAUUUUCCGAGCCCUGUAAGGGCGAAGAAAAGUGCGGGAAACGAGUAAAAUGCUCGGCGGGAAUAUAUGUCAAAGUUUUCAAUGGGAUUUUUAUAAUAUGACAAACCUCAAAAAUAUAGAUUUGCUUGUCUUUUGUAAGGAUUUGCAUGCGUUUAGUGCAAAUAAUUUCAGAUUUUCAGAUGCAAUGAAAAUAAAUAUCCUGAAACAGGUUACGAAGUUGCAUACCAAAUUAGGAACAACAUAACACUGACGUCGUUUUUUCUUGAAUUUGAUUGGAUAAAAUAUCACAAACAACGAAAACCUGUCAAUCAAGUUCCUCAACCAACUGUUUUGAGUUGAUUGUAUGAAAUAUGCCGAUUUAAAGUUGUUAAAAAUGGCGAGUUAAGGAGGCUCCCUACAGUUGACCCUAUUUGCCCAACAUCUCUGCUGUACAGGUCUAUUAAUGCAGGUCGUGCAUUCGUUUCCACUUGGAGGCAAUAUUUAACAUCAGUGGAACAUUUAGAACAUUAACAAUGUCAUUGUUGCCAUAGCAACAUGGCCUAUAAAACCGGCUAAUUUUAGCCACAAAAUUGUCUUUAUCUGAAAAAUAAAUCUGGUGACCUAUCUUUUUUAUUUCAUAUCAAUAGAGCGUGAUCCCCUGCAACUAUUGUGAAAAUUUAAUAAAAUUCUUUACAGUGCGAUUUGUUUUAAAAGCGAAAAUUUUAUAACAAGAUUUCCACUGUAAAAAAAAUUUUUAAAUUUGAAAUAUAUAAAAUUUACUAAAUUUAAAAUUUGUGGUCAAAAUUUGAGUAAAUAAUGAGUAAAAUGCAACUCAAAUUGUAAAAAAACCUCGUGUAACUCGAGAAAUUCCCCGAUAAAAGCGUUGCUGACUAGUAAAAUAAUGAUUGUAGGCGCAGAACGAGCUUUCAUCCAGCAAAAUUGAGUGGUAAUAUUUGUUUUUGUCAACUUUUCGAUUUAUUUGAAUGCCAUAGACAGCCAAGAAAUAGUGUGAAGGAUCAAAUCGAUGAAAGCACAAAACUUCUAUAAGGUUGAAGCUAAUUGAACCCUGCCGUUUACUCAAUCUAUGAGCUGUAACAGCCUUAGAUUAUAAAACGACCCAUCUUAUGAGUUCGUUUGGCGCAGUAAUUUUAAAAAUAAACAUUGUCGAAGCCGAGAAAAUCAAAGCUGAAGUUUAUGUAAAUCAGAACAAAUCUUUAUGCGAUUUACAAACAUUGAUUAAACAUUCAUUUCUUUUGAAUUUUCUUCAUGAAUUAUUAACGAGUUUUAUACACGUCUAUUAAACGUUUGUGUACAAUCUUGCAAGUGUUUUACAUUUGACAGUGUAUAUUUUUAAAAAAUUAAAAAACAUUGUUUCGUAGCUAUUUUUGGUCUAGCGCAUGAUAUUCGUAUCAUAUGUAGAAUUGCUGUAUAGACCAGUGGCGUGCUGGCAGGGGGGGCCGGGGGGCCACGGCCCCCCCAGCUGGCAAUUCUUGGGGGGCGCAAAAAUGAAAAGGGGGCGCCGAAUUUUGAAAGUGGGUGUGAAAGUUGUAAAUGUAUUCAGAUUACUAGAUCAGUAGAGAAUAGAAUUGGGAUUAGAUUAAUCGCUUGAAGUACUACUACUAAAUUCAAACCAAAUUUCAAAUUUCGACACGUUAUAAUGCCGUUUUCUGACCAUCAGAUUUCUGUCAAGUCUUCCCCCAAAGUCAAGGAAAUGGCAUUUCAGAGACUCUAAAUUCAAAAAUUUUCCUGGGGGGCAUGCCCCCGGACCCCCCUAGACAAACCUCGAACCUACGGCGCUCGAACCUAGGGGCGCAUAUUGGUUGACAACCCAUUGGCCCCCCCGGAAAAAUAGUACCCAGCACGCCACUGGUAUAGACUCGCAAUUGAUUAGUCUCCCUCGCAACCGCUGUUUAUGUCGAGGUUUCUCCCCACGAGCGGCGACUCACUCAAGCACAAUAUUCCAUUCCCUUUGUCUUACGUUAGCCAAUCAGAUUUAGCGACAUAAAUAUCUAAAUAAAUUUAGAGACAUAAAUAUCCUAAUAAGUCCAAGGUCAUGUUUCGGAAAUUUAGAAGCAUUACUGUGAUUGGUUGUUUUCAGGAAAGGGGAAUGUUGUGCUCGAGUGAGCAGCCACUCGUGGGGAGAAACCUCGACACAAAGAGCGGCUGCGAGGGAGACUAGCAAUUGAUUCGGCACUGACUCAAAACGAAGUAUUAUUCAACGCUUUUUUUUUCAUUAGAAACCUUCAAUUUUUGUCAGUGCAGUUGCGUGGGAUAGUCCACGUACUGGUCCCGCGAACAUCCCGCAUGCUACUGUAGGGAGCCUCCUUAAGUGAAGAAAUAGUACCUAAACAACAGAUUUCUUUAACUCUUUAUCGUUGUAACCAAUAAUUUCGAAAAUACUUUUCAAAUUGGCGAUUCUGGAAGAGAAAAAUGCAGUUUAAGGCGCAACAAUGACUGAAGCUUUGAACGAGCCUAAUAUAUUACAUCCAAACGGUCUAAUUACUUCAAAAAUGUUCAAGUAAGUUAUCAUGAUUUGUUUUCGUUGAAAACUAGUUUUUGAAUUUCAUUUAGAAGGUCGAACUUUUGUUUAUAGCAUUUUUGCUGCUAUUUUGCUCAACUAAUUUAAAAAUAAAUACCACAAACAGCUCGCAAGUUUGCUGUUUUACUCUUGCAGUUUUAUAGCGUUAUUUCAUUACUGUUUAAGUGUUCGUAACUGAACAUUAUAUUCGAGUCAGGGAGUCGGCUUUGACCUAGUGUUUUUCGGUACUGUGUUUGUCACAGUGGUUUGUCACUUUUUGGCAAUACGGCUUUUUACCGUGUAAUCCGCUCUCAGAUUUUUCGUGUUCUCAUGACCUUACUUGGUAAAAUCGCGUCAUUGUCAUAUAAUAAAUUUAUGUACGUGACACUUGAUCGGUGUGAUCAUUGUGGGACAUAUUUCGCUUAUUACGCAUGCGCAGAGUUCCGAACACCUAUAAAAUACGGUUUAUAAUAAACAAUCUUUUGUGAACGUUAUUUUCAGCAGUUUGCGUGACAUAAAACUGACAUAUUUCCAGGCAGCUCGCGUAAUUUUGAAAACGUGUAUAAUAUUGUUCGAUACUGAUAAAACAAGAUUUUGGCCUGGCAGGAUUAACUUGUGCCUAGACGGCAAACAUGGCUUAUUUUGCUACGAAACACAAUCUUUCCUCUCGCGAAGCUUUAUUUCUCUUGGAGACGUUAUAAUGUGCCUGUAGUUGUGGGGAAAUGUUUUGCCUUCAACGAGUGCAGUUUUAAUUUGGCGAACUGCUCUGAUAGACCACUGAAAUAUUGCGUUUACGUAGUAUAUGUGUACUCUAUAUCUGUGCGUGAUUGAACUUAGAUCCUGAAUGCAUAGAUGUUGCUAAACAACAACAUCAAUGACGAAUUUACAAACUAAGACGAAAAUAUUUACAUUUCAGCAAUGAAAAAGCACUGCGUAAGGAAGGAAAUAGUGUAUUUGCUUAUCGCUUACCUUAAAAAUUGUUUAUAAUAUAUCCUCCAUCGAUGUAACGGCAUGUUUAAAAAAAAUUCAUAGCAUUUUUAAGUUUAUUUGAUGAUAUAAUCUUUUACGCUUCAUGAACCACUAGAUUUUUUAUUUUGUUGAAAUAGGACUAUAGAAGUAGCGCAGUGUUCCCAAUUGACUGAUGCUGGCUUUAGUAAAUUGGCGAAGGUAAGAUGAUUUUUAUUAGAAUUUUUACCUAAUAACUUAUAGACAUGUCUACUUAUUGCGACGCGGCUAAGCAUGACAGUAUAAUAGACUGUAACUUGCUGUCAAAGUUUCGAACCAAAUGACGGCUAUGGGAGUGAGUGAUUUUGUUUUGACGAAAUAGCGGAUUUAACAACUUCUUGUAUCCACUGAUAAUUUUUAUCUACAGGCAAAUAACCAACAAAUUUGAAACCGACAAAUUCAAAUUUGUCAAUGAUGUUGUUUUGCAAUAACGCAUUGACAAUGAUAUCUAGUUUAUUUCGACUGAAAUUCACAGCUUUUAUAUAAUUGGUAUAUUUUGUUCGAAUUUUUCAGUAGAUAACUCGCGUCUCUUUGAACGAAUUUCUAAGCCUAAAUUGUUUUCUUGAUUUCAGUUCUGCACCUAUCAUUCUUUGCGAAACGUGUUCACAUGUCUCCUUGUCAAUGCAUUUUCUUCGGCAUUGUAGCACAGAGCUUCAUGAAAUCACACCCAGUGGAGAAGCUAGCCAUGGCAACUGAUCAUGCUAUGCUAAUAAACGUACAUCUAAAUAAGACAAUACAUUUCUAUAAGUAUGAAUAAUGAAGUCAUUAAACAUUUGCAUUGCAUGACCUGUUGCUAUAUAUGCAUGGCUAGCUCUAAACUGAUCACACCUACGUAUGGUUAAAAUAAUGCUUGGUUGUUUUCCAGUAGAUAAAAAUAUCGAUGGAAUGUGAAUGUCAAAAAUCCACUAUUCCUCACUGGAAAAAAAAAGUGAAAUUCAUACUACGAAAUUUGCAAUUGCACCGCUAAAUCCACAGUAUAUCCAUACUAUUACCAUACUAUAUCCAUACUAUAGAAAUAUACAAUUAUUAUGGUUAACCAAAAUCCAUUCUAUUUCCAAUAAAUGUCCAUACAAUUUUCAUUUUAUGACCUAUGGAUUUUCAAAAUCUUUUCCAGUGCCUUCUUCAAUUGAUUCGAAAGCAACUUACAGCUUCCUUCCGUCAUGCUUAGCUGGGAUGAUUAAUCAGAGUUUCUUAAAAUGUCGCUUGUUGCCACGUUCAGCUGUAAUAAAAGGGAUACAAUGAAUCACUUAUCUUGAACAAGUGACGUUAACAGUGACAUUUUAGAGUGACAUUAAUUACCUGUAAUAAAAUGUUUAUAAUGUUUGUUUCUGGAAAUGACAACAAUGAUUCUCCUUACUGGAAGUGAGGAUGAAGAGCUCAUGAAAUAAAUGUGCUUACCUCUUUUAAUAUGUACGCUGCAACUUCGUUAUAAUUUGAUGGAAACAGACUAGUUCAAAGUGACACCGAUAUUAAUUUGUCUCGUACUACAUGUCGUUUCAAACGAAUUUCUGGUCGGAACGAAAGAUUGAAGAAAAUAUCACUAGUCGUCAGGAUUGUAUCAUCAGUUGUGGGGCUUCGGUGACGAAGUGGUUAGCGCACUUGCCUUUCACCUCUAAGGCCGCAGGUUCAAAUCCCAGCAAAAACCUUCCCAAUGCGAUUCAAAGCCAGUCUUUAUGCGAAAAGAGUAAAAAGUCAACGCUAUACCGAAAGUUGUGGGUUUUCUCCGGGUACUCCGGUUUCCUCCCACAGGGAAAGUUGACAGGGUGGGGUAAAUGGGCCCACAGUAAUUGGCAUAUGCUGUUGUGGUGACCCUGCCCUAGUUGGCAAAGCUAAAUAAAUAAAGAAAUACACGUAAUGCAUCAGGACAAAAAAACGCCAUCCGGUCGCAAAAUGUUCGAUUGGUAAUGUUUAUUCCAAUCUUAACGAUAUGUCACUAGAAGCAAUCAGGUACAAACUGAUGACAAAAGGAAUGUUAAGUUUAAUUAAGAGAGUAUAGCAAUUGUCUUGUAACGUUUUGCUUAAUUAUUUGCUUGGUUAUAUGUAGGGCUGUCAUAAUUUAGAAAAAAUGGAUUUGGAGGAAUGCGUAAUGGUAUGUUUUUUUGCCAAAUUUUCUUAACUGCGUGGUUAUGCACAUACGUUUCAAAAUUAUAUAAGGCCAAAUAAGCCAUGCACAAUAUUUCCACAAUGCCGUUAACUGUUCAGUAGCAAUAAUUCUGGGGAUCUAAUGAGGAAGCUACACACUGUAAAACAAACUGGUUAAAAUUACAAAAAAAGUGGUCGUUUGGAUGCAUCUGAGACAACCGGUUUGAAAUGGGUCGUUUUAAUUUAAUCAAAAAAUUGGUUAAAACAACCAAUAUGUUUUGGUUGUUUUGAUUAAUAAAUAAAUUGUCAAUUUGAGUGACUAUUCAGUACAUGAUAGUAUUGUAUUGGGGAAGUUUUAGGGAUGCUCACGGGAGGUAUUGUGCAUGACGGCCAAAUCCGCUUGUGCCCUUUCAUUCUUAUUUAAUCUAAGCAUAUUACUACUCACAUCAACGGCAGUGUUUGGUUACUCUUCGCAAAUGUAGAAUGCGUUCAUGUAGGAAAAUGUCAGUGUUCUUACUGUGAUCGCUGGGUCCCCAGAGUUGCAAAACCUGUUCAAAUUUCUUCCGGGUAAAAUUUAAAGUUUUCAAACCUUCCUCAAAAUAAAUUGAAUAAAUACUAAAAUAUUGCUUCAUCAAAUAGCAAUAUGCUAGAGUAUAUAAACUUAACUGAUUCUGAAAGCAUAAAGUUCGAAAGAGACGUGUCGUUAAAUGCAGUACAUGAUUCUAAUAUAUAACUUGCCGUAUAAUAUAUUUAUACUUUGGACAAAUUGGACAGUCCUUACCUACUAUACGUCUACAUCUAUAUGAUAUAUUGAAUAUAAAAGAAUAUAAAAAAAUACAGUCAUGUGAUGGUUUCUGAAUCUGUAAUAAAAAGCACAGCGGUACACGUGUAAAAAAUUGAGAAAAUCAACAACUUGUUCCCGGUUGAUAUUGACAGGCCUGAACAAGGGUGUGCUGCCCACUAUGAAAAAGUUGUCAACAAAACUUGCAACAACAUUGUUGACAACUUGUUCAUAGUGGGCAACACAACCUUCCUGUCGAUAUCAACUGAAGUUGUUGAUUUUAUGCCUGUACACAUAUUAUAUAGAGGUCAGCAGUAAAACCAUGGUAACAACAUUCCAGAGGUGGUAUUUGAUGUUUCUAUAUACUUGUGGUUUUGAAAGGCAUUUGAGAGUGUUUAGGUCUUUAGAAGUGUGACCCAAUCGCCCAAUUUUACAAUCAGCGAGGCAGCGCUCUCACUUGUUUCCGAAGCAAAGUGCUAAAUUUAAACCAUGCAGUAUAGUGCCCUGCAUUGCGGUUUAUAAUCAAUGGCAAUGUUUGGAAUGAUUGAAAAUCAAUGGCAAUGGCAAUAUAAUCUCUAUAACAGAUGCUGCCAAUCCUGCCAUAUACUUGUGGUUAUCUUAUAGUUUGUGGGAAUUGACGGUGUAGGUAUCAGCCAUGUAAACAAUGAUUUCGAUUAUAGAACCUUGAUACAUUUUGUCGAUCUGUAUUAAAUAUGUAUGACAGCUACACACCUCAGUAACCAAGCUGUAUUAUUUUCGUCAGGCAUUUCAACAUUUCACCUUGGCCAUAUUUAUAUAAUUAUUACAACGUUUAGUUGCUACAGCAAUGAUGGUUCAUUUCAUUUAUAACUAUUAAUUUUUCUCUAAAAAUAUUGGAAUCAUGUAAUCAAAUAAUCUCUGAAUAAUAUAAUAAUGUUCAAUGUGAGCUUCUUAUUGUGACCAUGAUGAAUAGCUCUUAGUAAUAGCCUCCUGUUAUUUGCGGUGCAAUGGUUUAAGGCGCCUCUGAUGCUUGACACUUAUACAUUUUAAUUUUACAGAAUAUUUUCAGUUAUUGUCUUCUCAGUAUUCUCCAAUGUCAUAGUCAUAUGUUGUAGGUACUAUAUCACAAUAGUACCACCACAACUUGUCAGCCUCAACUGCCUAUUCAUGAUUUAUUUGUUUUACUUUUUCGAUGUUAGCGACUGUUGAUGGUAAACCUUCCUCGCGGGUAAUGCCCGCGUGCCCGCAGCUUUUUUGCAACUCUGGGUCCCUCGUUGCAAGCAAACAUGUUUCGAUUUGAUUACCACCAUAGCAAUAUGCAUAAGUGUAAAAUUAUUUCUUUCAGAAUUCCAAGGGUCUAGGCAAUAAGUCUGAUUGAUGUCAAUAUAGAAUCAUCCAUUUCAACCAAAUUUAUAUUGAAUACACUAAAGACAGUGCAAUAUGAUCAGAAGUCUUGUGCUUCUGAUAUAUAAACAAGUUGGAACGGUGGCGUUUUACCUUUUGUAAUUUUAUUGUUCAAUUUCACGAUUAGAAGACAAUAUCUUUUUUCCCUUUGGUCAAUUUUUCUGAAUUUUUUUUAAAGAUUCAUAGUUGAUACAGGAAUAACAUAUGAGGUUUAUAAGGCGGAUUUCGAGAUACAGAAAAUCUGAAAAUCUCUUUAUAAACUUUUCAAAACAUUCAACUAGACUUUGAACUAGAGUUUCGUUCUUGUAGAAAUAACUUAGCACAGUUGUUUGUUGUAUUCUACUUGACUUGACCAGCUUCAUUUACCUCGGACCAGACGUCUCUGAAACGGUCCUUGUUGUCAGCAUGGCUUACUCCAGACAUAAAUUUAUCAUUUUAAGGAAGACGUCAAUUAGAGUAGAUCUCUAAUAAUAACUGAUAAUCUCUUAACAGCGACUGGUCUGUUCUUAUUGUGGCACUAAAAGAGAUAAAGCGGGGUUAUCUUUUUUACCGAACUUUUGGUGAAUUCAACGGAAUUGAUAUUCUUUUAUAUAUUUCAGAUUACAGAUGCAACCCUCACUAACCUUUCCACUUGGUGUUCAAAUCUUCGUCAACUGGUAAGAUUGUGCGAUUUCAAGUCUUUAAAAUUCCUUUGCAAAAUAUUGGCGGAGGGAAGAUUAGGAAUUCAUAUUCCCGUCUAGAGAUUACAAGUGGGAAAAUUUGAUAUUCUCCCAAACGUGGAGAAAAUUUUUUUGUCCUUUUUGAAAGAAUCGUCAAAACUGUAAAGUAACUUCCUUUAUAGAAUUUUGUUUAAAAAGUGUUUUGCAAUUUGAGGCCGAUAGGUGGUCAGAUACAAAUGGCACCAUAUACAGAAUCGAAAAUUUGAUUCAUUUUAACUUACAAACUAAGCUAACUUACAUUCUAUAAUUUGCACAACUAGCUAACUAAUAAACCUACAGAAAGAAACAAUUUUUUCAAACAUUUCCAUUUUUUCAAACAUUUGCAGAGUUUGUCUCAUUGUGAACAGAUCAGUGAUGACGGUAUUCACAGAUUAAGUGCAGGACAUAAUGCUGAAGAAUACCUCGAGGUUUUGGAAUUAGACAAUUGCCCAUCGAUAACAGACACUGCGCUAUACCAUUUGAGGUACGUUUCACUGAGGUUUCUCGAAGACGAGCACCUUAUAGUGUGCGGGUAAAUUUAAGUCGACAUGUUUUUCGGGACAGAUUCAAAAGCUAUGUUGAAAUCAUAGCCAAUGUCAUUACCAUUUGAAGGUUGUUGCUCCCAACAACCAAGUAUAAUUUCAGACUUUAGGGUUUACCUCGCUUUUCUAGUGUCAGUGAAUGAGUGCAAUCCCCGAACGAAUUACAUUUACGGCUCAAGGUUUCUACAUUCCAGCCUAGUACCUUCAUCAAUGGCAUUUUAAAGUCACAAUGUGCCUUGUAUAGACUACAAACACUCAUUAUUAUCCAAUUUAGUAGGAAUAUUUGGCAUAUGUCACAGAUUAGAAAUACAACCAGAUGUCUCACUCGGCAAAAAUUGUGCCCAAGAUUUUUAUACGCAUGCGCCUGCGCCUUUUUGCCAUAAAAAAGUUCCACGCCAUGAAAGCACGUACUGGAUUUACGUGAAGAAAAGAUACAACUUUUUGUCUUAUUUUGUUGUUUUUGAGUGAAAAACACGAGUAAAAAUGCCUGAAACGUACGAAACGUUUCCAAAAUCAAAUAUAUUUGUUUCAAUUUGUUUUGCUACCCUUGCUGGACAGCUAACUUUCCGAAGGGACAGCGCUACGAGUUAAGGUGUGUUUUGUGGUUAAUUAACGGUUGAACUAUUAAAGAUUUUUGGGGUCUUGUAGAUGGAAAUUAUAUAGUGGAAAUUUAUAUACACUUAUUAAACCUAACCAGGAAUGGCGGCAAAAAUGCAACUAUUUGUCCCUGACUGGAAUUGUAAUGCAGUGCCUAACCAACUGAGCUACAUAAUCUAGUUGUCCGUGACCGCAGGUUGGAUUCCUGCCAUGGACCUAUAGUUGUAUUUUUCACAAUUUUGUGUUAAAGAUAUAACCUAAAUUUUCACAAAUUCCAUAAUUAGUCACGUUUGCAUGGGUGAUCAGGCCGCGUCUGCUUCUCCGAUAUAUUGUCUUAAAUGGUUUUCUGAUAGAUAAAGAAUUAAUGAACAUAUACAAUUAAUGAACUUAUCGGUAUGAAGAAAAUUAUUUGCUCAAUAGACCAUGACUGAACACAUGGCAACAUUUGUAAAAUGUAAAAUCUCCCAUGUUUACACAUUCGUGCAUUGGUCACUUUGAUGCGAAUUGAAUUACAUUGUCUAAAAUAAGGGCCGCCGUGAGGUUGGCGGGGGCCCGGGGCAAUUUUUUUUUGGGGGGGGCCCCUAACAAAAAAAUAUUUUCCGGAAAAAAUUUUUUCCGGAGAACAACCUCCACCCCCCCUCUGUCGCCAAAAAAUUUUCGAUCAGUGUACCAUUUUAGGGGUAAAAAAUUUUUCCGGACAAGUACGUUGCUAUUGCUUUCCAGGGACUUUAUCUCAUUUUUUUAUGCCAAAUUUCGGUACUUAGCCCAAGAAAACAGAUAUCUUGUCCUUUGGGCGGAAAUAUUUAACACACAAAAAAGACUGGGGCCCAACAAAAAAUUUUCAGGGGCCCCCAGCAACCUAGGGCAAUUUGCCCCCCCUGCCCCCCCCCCCUCUCGGCGGCCCUGUCUAAAAUACAGGGUGUAUAAAAAAAACGCAACCUCGGCAUUUCCCAAGAAAUCGACAUUGUUUUAAGGACAAAAGAUUUUAGGUGCCUGGGAAUUUAAAAUAGCACAACUGUCAAAAUUACUGUUUGAAUUAGUUGUUGAAUUCGCAACGAAAAAUUUAAUGUGAGUUACUCACACAUACAGUGGGAAAAUGCAGUAGACAGAUCGAUUAAAUGAAGGAAAUCAGGUUUUCAUGAAAUAAAUGAAGUUAAUUUCCUUUUUUGCUCUUUUAAAAUGAAGAAAAACGGAACAUACCUAAUUUUAAGAAUUUUUUAUCACUGCACAUUGUUGUGCAAAGUUUAGCCGAGCGGAAGUCACGCCCUCAAAAUUUGUGAACACUUUCACAAUGUGUAACCAAAAGACAGGCUACAAUUGAUAUAUAAAAUGAUCCCAAAAUCAACAUGCACUGCAAAGCGCCCAGAGCCCCCCAAGGAAAUUUGGGAGCCCAUUGCAAAAAUUGAGUUGUGGCCCCUCCUGAUUCCCCUCAUGAUUCAGAGGAACGGGGAGCAUUCUCCCCGGGAAAAUGUUGAAAUCUCAGCUCCCAGAAAUGGCCAAAUCCUGCAUUCUGGAAGUUUGUUGGCAGUUAUGCCUAUAUGUAUAUUUCAAUGUAAUUGUUUUUUUGGGCCACCUUUAACUGGGAUCCAGCGCGAAUUGCCCCCUCCUUCUGGGCGGCCUUGACAGCACCUGCUGUUACGACUUUCUAUGACAACAUAGUUUGAUAAUCAUAUGCUUGCAGGAACGAAAUAUUUUCGUAUUGGCGAAUAAGAAGGCGGCUUAGAUGUGACAAACUGUGAAAGAGUUCCAGGGGCAUGCACCCAUAGAAAAUUUUGUAAUCUAGCCUCUCUCAAAGGGCCUUUUUUCAAUGUGCGUGUAUCAUUCUUUAAAAAACUCAUUAACAAUUCAUGAGGAAAAUACAAAAGAAAUGAAUGUUUAAUCAAUGUUUGUAAAUCGGAUGCACAUUUGUCCUGAUUUACAUAAACUUUAACUUUGAUUUUCUCGGCUUAGACAAUAUUUAUUUUUAAAAUUACUUCGCCAAUGAGCUCAUAAGAUGGGUCGCUUUUUAAACAUUCGCAUCCGAUCUUUAUCUGAUCUAUAAACUCACGCCUUCGGCUCGAGUUUGUAUAUCAGAUAAAGAUCGGCUGCUCAUGUUUUAUCUAGUACGUAGAAUCCUGAAGAUUAUACACUACACAAGUAUCAUUCACUCCAACAUCCAAGCUCAUAAAGAGAUCUUUGAUGGGAGACUUUGUUCAUAUGAUGAGCCUUAAGUAUAAUAUUAUAGUGCUGACGUUCGAUAGUUUGGCAGUUAUUAUUUCAACUUUCAUUCAAGUUAUUCUCAUUCAAAAUGUUUUGAUUAUUAAUACUUUCUAGUGACAAGACGAGUUUUUAGUUCAGUUUUUCGGCUCAUUGUCUUCAUAAAAUUAACAAUCAGUUAUCACAGCAAAUUUUAUCACUGCACAUUUUAAAUUUUAUCACUGCACAUUUCAUUUUUAUCAGUGCACAAAUUGGUUAUCACUGCACACUAAAAUUAGGUAUGAAACGGAACCAGAGAGUCGCGGCCCUAUCACUUCCCGCCAUGAAAAUAUAAAAAAUAUUUGGCCGCGCGGGUAAGGAGACUGAGAAUGACGCGCAAGAAUGCCUUCAAAAUUCGCCAUCUUUGGCUUCACUUUUUUAUUACGUCACUGACUGAAGUCAGCCUUCCAUGUAUAUAGUUCACUGCAUGGCUAUACGUUGAGUAGACUUUGCGGCACAAAAAGAAGGGAGGUGUAAUUAAACAGCAAUUCAUGAGAACAGCUUUCUCCUUUUCAUGGUAAAUGGACAUUUUAUGCGACAACUAAAACACUUAUUUACGACCUGCCGGUAAAGUGAGCGGAAUGCAAGUAUAUUUCUUAUCUUCUCGAUUCACAAAGCCAUCCCAAUUUCCUCAUGGUGUCCAAUAAGAUGUUUGUUUUCAUCAACGAAGAACCAGCUGCUGACCUUGAACAACAUAGACGUAUUUGAUAGUCAGAGAAGGCAACGCAAAAAAGAAACAGUACAUGUUUUGGAAAAAUGUUGGAUUUAUGAAACAUUACUAUGUCCAGUGAUUAUGUUUACUACAUCGUAUAGCCGCAUUACUCAUUCAUCAUUUUGCGUGUAUGGGAAAAAAAAUUUUUGUAAAUACUUUCAUUUUCUUCAUAGGGACUGCAAAUCGUUGAAAAGAAUAGAGCUCUAUGAUUGUCAGUUAAUCACACGUGGUGGAAUCCGUAGACUUAAGGUAAGUUUAGCACUACCACUUUAUUACAUUUGAACUAUUUGUACAUCGAUGAUUGAAUAUGUGAUUGCCACGCUCCAUGAGCAGUAUUGUUACUGUGGAAUAUGUUACACGGAAUAUGUAGUUUUCGUAUAUUAAAUGCACAGUGAGUUCGUAAUAGUGUGGAAAGGAAAUCAAUAUAGACAACAUUCUGGCACUAUUUUCAUAUUAAAACCCUUUUUUGCAGCAACCAUUUGUUUUGGUGAAUUUCACAAUUUGAUUGGCUGCUGAAGAGGCAGGAUUUUCCCGUAUUGCCCACGGGUAAUACGAUAUUUUUAUUCCCCCUACAAGGCUGCGGCGAGAACCGAGUUUCAAACAAAAAUUGUCUAAUAGUCUUUCGAAGUAUUCUAAAUGAAGAAAACUAAACCUAAUGGAGAGAAAAGAGGUGGCGCUCUUUAAAAAAAUCUUUUAUUUGUGAAUUUAUAUGACAAGAACUUUUAAAAAUAAAAUAAACAAGUUUUAAAUGGCUUUGUCACUAAAUUUCCCCCAUUUUAACGGCGGAAAGUUAAAAAGUUGAAAAGUACAAAAACUAUUGCACGGGCUGAGCGUGCAAUAGUUUUUGUACCAUUGCACAGUAGCAAAAUGGGAAUUUGAAUUCCGUAUAUCACGUGAUCAUAAUCAGUCAAUUAAAUUUCCUGAAUUUAAUGAGGUGUUAUAUAACAUUUAAUAUAUUUUUUCAGAUGCAUCUACCCAAUUUAAGAGUCCAUGCGUAUUUCGCUCCCGUAACGCCGCCACCAAGCAUUGGUGGAGGUCGACGGCGAGUUUGCCGAUGCUGUACUAUAGUAUGACGUACAUUUCAUGUAGCAUAGAUUUUAGAAGAAUUUUAGCGUUGUAACCUAACCAUAUAAUUUUAGUCCACCUUUCUUUUAAAAACAUAGCAUACUGAAAGACAACUUUUACAUGUUCAUUCAUGGUCAUGUUUUAUGUCCUAUACUACUCGUAUCAUAAUAUAUGCACUCUGCUCUGAUGCAGGGAUAUGUAUAUAGAGGUAAUAAAAAUUAUGUAUAGAGGCGAUCAUCUCGAGUACAAUUCAGGUUUAAAGAUUGUACAAUUCUUAAUUGUACAGUACGAGCAACAUCACCACAUGAUUACUUGUUUAUUAUUUGCAUGACAAAAUUGCCAAUUUUACUCACUCAUGCCUUUUAAAACUUGGAAAUAUUAAUUCUUAUUGCGUAUCAUAUUUUUAUAAAUGUUGUCAUGAACACAAUGAUCCGGCCGGAUUUAAAUUUCUGUUUUCACCUUAAAAAAUUCACCAAGAAUGGGAUAAACCAUCAAUUCGGCAGCUUUAAAGUUUAAAAAACACUUAUAUUAUUAUAAAAUAUUAAGUUAUUAACAAAAAGAUAUUUAAAAAAGGUUUAAACACAAUCAAAAAUCUAAACUGACACUAACUAAAAAUAGUAAAGAACAUAAACCGCCAUUUUGAAUACUGAUUUAUCCCCCAAUUGUCCCCAUUACCGGUUUAUCUCAAUUCCAGCCGGAAUUUUUGUCCAAAUCCGGUAAAUCCAGAUCCGGCCGGAUUUGAAAAUUCCAAAUCCGGUGCACCCCUACUAUUGAAGUGUUUGAACCACAGUAUUAUAACGGCCAGUUGUUCAAACCUUAGUUGGGGUUAACAAAGCAAAUAAAGUGCUAAAAAUCUUCUUCAGCUGUGUAGAAAUGAAAGCAAUUGGGAAUUUCAGUGUAUAAUUAUACACUUAUUUUGGUAGGUACUACUUUCUCCAUACUUACGAAGUAACUUAUAUUUGUUGGAGGUUUCUUCACAACUAUCGAGUUUUGAACAACUGGCGAUAUACAGCAGAUGUAAAUAUUAUAGAAAAUAUAUGUAAAUGAAUAUGGAAUAUUGUUGCGUUAUAUUUUAUUAAGCUUGUUGUGGUCUGAAGUAGUCUUUAGUAGGGAUGAGCCAAUUAAUCGGCCAAGCCGAUUAAUCUGCCGAUAUCGGCCAAUUUUUAAUAAUCGGUAAUCAGCCAAUUAUUUCUGUAUUAUCGGCCAUUUGCCGAUUAUUGACCAAUUUCUUUUUCUAUUAGAAAUAAAUGAAAAUCUGUG